UCCCGCUACCGGCUUACUCGCAAUUCGCAUUCGAUCGACGUCUUGGUUUAAAGUGUCUCGGGGAAGUUUUUCGAUUAUAAUGACUUGACGCUUUGCGAAUAAAAAAAAAAAUAAUAAUAAUAAAAUAAAAAUAAAUAUUUGUUUAUUUAAAAAAUCAACAUAUUUUUAUCAAUAAAUUCAAAUGAAAUUGUGGCAGGCAAUUGAAAAAACGAAAUACAGGCGAUUUUUAUUAUUUAUUUAUUUAUUUAUUAAUUAACGAAUUACUGAUACGCGAUAACGAUAUUUUUAUUAUUUAAAAAUAAUAUAAAAAAAAGGAAUAGGUAAUUUAAAAAAAAAAAAUUAAUACAGUGCAAUUGGUUACGCUUCUGUGAUUUAAUUGUGGGUGCUAUAGAGUAAAUAUUUAUUAUAGGAAGAGGAAUUAAGUGAUUUUGUAUACCGGUUUACUUUAUAAUUAUCAAUAUCAUCUGGUUGGGAACGCAAACGGCUUUAAAAUGAAGCGACAAACGUCGCAAAAUCAGCAACAGCAACAGCAACAACAAUUGCAACAGCAACAAAUGUCUACGAUGCAGCAACAAUAUAGUCAGCAUAGAAGUGAACGACAGAUUACAAGACAACAAAUUACUACUCAGCAAAGAGUGCAAGGGGAGUUGGUAAUGACAACAUCACCAGCACCAGUAUUUACUGGAAGGCCCGGAGAUCCCUCGCCGCCGAUAUUUGAGCAGAUAUUUAAAAAUGCAAGGUUCGCGCAAGGUGGUAACGCUAUUUUUGAUGGAAGAGUACGCGGAAAUCCGAAACCUAGUGUUUCAUGGACACAUAAAGGUGCUCCAUUAAGAGAAUCACAGAAAAUUAGAAUGUCGUAUGAUGAAAAUACUGGAAAUGUUACAUUACAAAUAAAUCAAAUUGGCCCUGGUGAUGAAGGAGAAUAUACUUGUAAUGCGCGAAAUCAAUAUGGUGAAGCUAUUUGCUCGGUAUACAUUCAACCUGAAGGCUUUGGUCCACCACCAAAACAAGGAUACAAAGAUUACCAGCAACGUUACUCGCAGACUAUUGACAAACGUUAUGUCAAUGGCUCAACAACCACGACAAUUACCACCGAAGAAUUUAAAGUCGAUACAUUUGAGUACAGAUUGUUGCGCGAAACUGAAUUCCGUGAGUCUGUGACACGUCGUUACGUCGGUGAAGCAGAUUCUCAAGUAUCAACAACAUUAGAUCGUAGCUUAGGUCCUGUUGCGCCUCCACAAAUAAGUCAGAAGCCGAGAAAUUCAAAACUUGUUGAGGGUUCCGAUGCUGUUUUUACUGCCAAAAUAUCCGGCAAUCCCAAAUCCAGGACAACGUGGUUUAAAGAUGGGCAAAGAGUCCGCGACUCUCAGCGUAUAGAAACAGUUCAUUCAAAUCAACAAGCAACUUUGCGUAUCAGAGGAACGAAUCAAGAUGACAGCGGACACUACACACUAUUAGCAGAAAAUCCACAAGGGUGUACAGUGUCAUCUGCUUACUUAGCAAUUGAACAAGUUGAUCAAGUAGAUCAUGCACAGCCGCAGUAUAUUCAAAGAGAAGUAAUAAAAACUGUUGAAACAGUAGAAACAACUCCAGAAGCCGGUAAAGCCCUGCCGCCAAAUUUCGUUCGCACUUGCGCAGAUCGUGAAGUAACAGAGGGUAAAAUGACAAGGUUUGAUUGUCGUGUUACUGGACGUCCUUAUCCAGAAGUGACAUGGUACAUCAAUGGUUAUCCAGUUGUCAACGAUGCAACACACAAAAUUCUUGUUAAUGAAAGCGGCAAUAAUUCAUUGAUGAUUACCAAUGUGACACGAUCUGAUGCUGGUACUGUUACGUGUGUUGCUAAGAAUAAAGCCGGUGAGACCUCAUUUCAGUGUAAUCUUAAUGUCAUUGAGAAGGAACAAGUGGUAGCCCCGAAGUUUGUCGAAAGAUUCACCACGACUAAUGUCAAAGAAGGAGAGCCGGUUGUUUUUAAUGCUCGAGCUGUCGGUACACCGAUACCACGCAUAUCCUGGCAAAAGGAUGGCGUGCCGCUAGCUCCUGGUCCUGACGUCCGCAUUACAGCAGACAGCAGUGGAGCAUCAACAUUGGAUAUCCCCUACGCAAAAUACACUGAUGCAGCUUGGUACCAAUGUACUGCUCAGAAUAUCGCUGGAUCUACAGCGACUCGUGCCCGGCUCUUUGUUGAAACACCUAAAGGAGCGACCCCUGAACCAAGACGCCUGAAUUUACCCCGACCGACUAAAGUCAUCGAACCAGAACCUGCGCCUGGUCCUGAAGUGAUUUAUCUGAGACACGUGGAACGUGCUAAGCCUUACUUACCUCCCGCUGAGGAAGACAGGAUUUAUCCACCUCCGAGAUUUAUCGUUCCACUACGAGAUGUUCACCAAAUCGAGGGUGGACGCAUACACUUCGAGGCCAGAAUCGAACCGGUGGGCGACCCAACUAUGAGGGUCGAGUGGUACAUCAAUGGAAGAGUUUUAGAAGCCAGUUCUCGAGCAACUUCACUCUUCCGUUUUGGUUUUAUCUCUCUGGACUUGAUCAGCGUGGUACUCCACGACAGCGGUGAAUAUGUUUGCCGUGUUGUCAGUUCAACUGGAGUCGCUGAAUCUCGCGCUGUCCUCAGUGUUACACCACGUGCAACAAUUGAACAAACAAGUCAACAUCCAGACAGCCUACGAUACAUACAACAGCUUGAGGAUUACUCAAAAUACCAAAGACAAGAGAGCAUUGAAGAUCAAUCAUCCCAACGUCCGGUCUUCAUUCGUCCACUUCAGGAGCUCGGUGAGCUUCAAGAGGGCCGUAAUGCUCAUUUUGAAGCUCAACUUACUCCUGUCAGUGACCCCACUAUGAAAGUUGAGUGGUAUAAAGAUGGAAGACCAAUCACAGCUAGUUCAAGAAUUACGACAAUCUUCAACUUCGGAUACGUCUCGCUUAAUAUAAUGCACCUACGGGCUGAAGAUGCCGGUUCUUAUACUGUCAGAGCUGUGAAUCGUAUGGGAGAAGCAAUAAGCACUGCAUCUCUUCGUGUCUUUGCACGCACUAGCGUAACAGCAGACCUUGGAAUACCUGAACAGCAAAAGUAUAUUGAGGCUGCUGAAGAAUUGGAGGCAUAUCAACAAGCUAUGCAUCAAAAGUAUGUUAGAGAAGAGCCAGAACCAACGAGUCCACCGGAAUUUAAAUCACCAAUUAAAGAUCAGAUAAACAUUCGCGAAGGUGGUUUCGCUCACUUUGAGGCCCGCUUAGAGCCUGUGGGUGAUUCUAAUCUUCGUGUUGAAUGGCUCAAGGAUGGACGCCCUGUUGAAGCCAGUUCAAGAAUCACAACUUUCUUCAACUUUGGAUACGUCGCCUUAACCCUGAAAUACGUAACAAUUCACGACGUCGGUAUCUAUACUUGUCGUGCGUACAAUAGCGUCGGUGAAGCCCAAACAAUGGCUCAGAUGAGUGUAAUAAGUAAGAACGACAUUAUUUACGACAGUCAACAUCCACAAGGUCUUCAAAAGAUCCAGAGUCUUGAGGAUUCAAGUCGUUAUCAACGGCAGAUAUCGGAACAAACCCAGGUAACGCAGAAGCCUCGGUUCCUGGGACCGUUGAAGGGAACCAACAAGAUCGUUGAAGGACAGAGGGCUCACUUCGAAGCUCGAGUUGAACCACAGAGCGAUUUGUCGAUGGUAAUUGAGUGGUAUCACAAUGGAAAGCCCAUCACCGCUGCUAAUAGAAUCCAAACUUAUCACGAUUUUGGCUAUGUCUCCAUUGACAUUCUUCAAGUUCGUUCUGAAGACGCUGGUACUUACACUGUCAUCGCUAGAAAUGCACUUGGAGAAGCUCGUCUCCAAGCUACUAUGGUUGUUGAAACUCGCUCUGGCAUUGAUACCACCAGCAUGCAUCGCGGAGCUUACGAAAAGACUCAGCGUCUUGAAGAAUCUAGAUUUGUUGAGCCGCAAUAUCAUAUUGAAGAGAUCUCCAAGUCAAAACCGAUCUUUGUUCAGCCACUGAGUGACCCUAAACCUGUCAGUGAAGGCAAGAAUAUUCAUCUUGAAUGUCGUUUGGAACCUAUGGGAGAUCCUACUAUGCGUGUCGAGUGGUUCCAAAAUGGCCGCCCUGUUACUGUGGGUUCUAGAUUCAAGACUUACUAUGACUUUGGAUUUGUUGCUCUGGAUAUCGUCCACACAACUGUGCUGGACUCUGGAGAAUACACUGUCAGAGCCACUAAUCAUCUUGGAUCUGCGCACACUUCUGCAUGCGUCAGAGUAAUUGGUAGAUCUGACGUCGUCACUGAAUCUCAGAACGAACAGUCUCUUGAACAAAUUCAAAUGCUGGAAGAUUCAUCUAAAUACCGAAGACAUAUACAAGAAGACGUUACUGUAGUCCAGGCUCCGCAAUUUACUCGGCCACUUCACAACAUCGAGACGGUUGAGUUGACCAACGUCCAUCUUGAAUGUCGCUUACAACCCGUUGGAGACUCGACCAUGAGAGUCGAGUGGUUCGUCAACGGAUUACCUGUCACUACUGGCCACCGCUUCAGACCUUCUUACGAAUUUGAUUACGUAGCCCUAGAUAUUCUUGGUGUCUACCCAGAAGACUCGGGUGUUUACACAUGUCAGGCACGUAAUCAACUCGGAGAAGCAGUAACUUCCGGUUCUGUUCGCGUUCACGCUAAAAAAGAUUUGAUACUCGAGUCUCAACAUCCUGAAGGAUUGGAACGAAUUCAAUACCUCGAAGAUGCUUCGCGUUAUAAAAGAAAGGAACUCAUUGAUGAAGUUGUUAAUGUAAAACCUAAAUUUGUAACUACUCCGAAAAAUCAAGAGAAUCUUCUUGAAGGACAAUAUGCACACUUCGAGUGCAAGCUCGAGCCUGUAACAGACUCAAACUUGAAGGUGGAGUGGUUCAAAAAUGGACGUCCGGUCACAAUAGGACACCGUUUCCGUCCCAUUCAUGACUUCGGUUACGUUGCACUCGAUGUGACCGAUCUGAUUGUCGAAGACUCCGGUAAAUACACCUGUCGCGCAGUAAAUUUAGUCGGCAGUGACGAAGUCAGCUGUAUUUUAAGCUGUCGUUCAACAGCUCAAGUCCUCACCAACACUCAAAAUGAAACGGGUCUUGAGCAAAUCCACUAUCUAGAAGACCGGAACAAACAUCGCCGACGCGAAGUAAUUGAAGAAACAACAACCCAAGCUCCAAUCUUCACUACAUCUUUGAAGAGUGUCGAAAUAAAAGAAGGCCAACGCGCGCACUUUGACUGCCGUUUAAUUCCCGUUUCCGAUUCGACUAUGAAAGUCGAGUGGUUCCACAACAACAUACCAGUUAAAGCUGGUUCGCGCUUUGUCGAGACCAAUAGUUUCGGUUUCGUCGCACUGGACAUCAUGUACGCGUACCCAGAAGACGCUGGCACUUAUACUUGUCGCGCUAAAAAUGCCAUCGGCGAAGCAAUCACUUCAGCAACAGCUGUCGUGCACUCAAAGAAGUCAAUCUACAUGGAGUCCCAACGCGAAGAAGUCUUGCAACGUCUCCACCAACUUGAAGACCACUCAAGAUACCAACGCAAGCAGGUGCAAGAAGAAACUGUAUCUCAGGCUCCAGUCUUCACUAUGCCGAUCAAAGAUCUCCGUGUUGCUGAGAAUCAAGCAGCUCACUUUGAAGCCCGAGUUAUUCCUGUUGGAGAUGCUCAUCUCAAGGUUGAGUGGCUUCGCAAUGGUGUUCCUAUCGAAGCUUCUAAUCGCGUAACAACAAUGCACGACUUUGGAUACGUCGCUCUCAAUAUGAAAUAUGUCAACCCAGAAGACUCUGGUACUUACACCUGCAGAGCUAUUAAUGAUCUAGGAGAAGCAGUGACAUCUGCAACGCUAUUCGUUCAAUCCAAAGCAGCUCUGCAGCUUGAGUCGCAACACGAGACCGCAUUGACAAAGAUCCAGGCUCUGGAAGACUCAAGCAGAUAUCAACGUCGCGAGGAAGAAGAAGUUCUUGUUAAAGAAAAGCCGCGUUUCACAGUUAAACUGAACGGUCCAACGAGUUUAGUUGAAGGGCAAAGCGCACACUAUGAGUGCCGUAUUGAACCCUAUCCCGAUGCUACCAUGAAAGUCGAGUGGUUCCAUAAUGGACAACCACUUUCCACAGGACACAGAUACAGAACAACAUGUGACUUUGGAUUCGCGGCUUUAGACGUUUUGACUGUCUAUGCUGAAGAUUCCGGCACGUACACUUGCAAAGCCACCAAUAGACUUGGCUCGGCUCAGAGCUCUAUUGAGCUUUCUGUUAAAUCUCGAGCUUCCAUCAUAAAUGAGACUCAGCACGAAAGCGCUUUGAAGAAGAUUCAGUACUUGGAAGAUGACUCGCGAUUCAAGCGAAUUGAGCGCGACGAGUCAUUUGUCGCAGAGAAACCCAAAUUCGGAAGACCUUUGAAGAACAUCGAGCACUUGCCUGAGGGCAAGAGUGCUCAUUUAGAAGCGACAUUGACUCCAGUCAACGAUCCUACCAUGGUCGUAGAGUGGUACAGAGAUGGAAAUCCAAUUCCACAGGGUCAUAAAUUCAAAACAACUUACGACUUUGGUUACGUCGCUCUGGAUAUUCUUUAUGCUUAUCCUGAAGACUCUGGUACUUAUAUGUGUAAAGCUAAGAAUGCCGUUGGAGAAGCUGUUACCACUUGUGUCAUCAGUGUUGAUUCUAAACAAGGUUUGUAUCUGGAAACUCUGGAUGCUCAGCGUCUAGAACAAAUCCGUAAGUUAGAGACCGUUGAAGUAAAAGAAGUUGCUGAGAAAGAAGUUAUCUAUCAGAAGCCAGUGUUCCUGACUGCGUUGAGCAACUUGGAUCAUCUUAAAGAAGCUGAGCACGCUCACCUUGAGUGCAGAGUUGAGCCUAUCAACGAUCCGAACCUCAAGAUCGAGUGGUUUGUCAAUGGCAAAGCGGUUAGAACUGGACAUCGUUUCCGUACGACUCAUGACUUUGGUUACGUCGCAUUGGAUAUUCUCUACGCUUAUUCUGAGGACUCUGGUACCUACAUGUGCAAAGCAACGAAUCUCGCUGGAGAAGCUGUCAAUACUUGUACAAUUCGUGUUGGCUCACGUCGUAGCAUUCUCUUUGACACUCAGCAUCCAGAUGGAUUGGAAAAAAUCCGUGAACUUGAAGCUCAAGGACAUCCAGCUCGACUUGAAGUUGAAGAGCCGCCAGUAUUCCCACCGCGAUUUGUUACAGAGUUACGCGGUACCACGGAAAUUUAUGAAGGACAGACGGCACACUUUGAGUGUCAAGUAGAACCUCUGCAUGACGCAAAUCUCCGAAUUGAAUUCUAUCACAAUGGCAAGCCAUUACCAUCAGCUUCACGUUUCCAUGUGACCUUUGACUUUGGUUAUGUCGCAUUGGACAUUACUCAUGGAGUACCAGAAGAUGCUGGUGAAUAUUCCGUCAAAGCUAUCAACGCUCUUGGUCAAUGUACUUCUACUAUCAGUUUGAAAGUCAUUCCACGCGAGAGUAUUAUCAUGGAUACACAACGUCCAGAAGGAUUGGACAAGAUCCGUGAAUUGGAGUCUGCUCAACCAUGGAAACGUCCCGAAGUAUCUGAACCAGUGACUAGACAACGUCCAGUAUUCACUCAACCGCUUCAAAAUAUCGACGCUGUACCGGAAGGAGAAACUGCGCACUUCGAAUGCCGUCUCAUCCCAGUUGGUGAUCCGACAUUGAAGGUAGAAUGGUUCAGAAAUGAAAAACCACUUGGAGAUAGUUCUCGAAUUACUAAAGUCCAUGACUUUGGAUACGUAUCAUUGGACAUAAAACAUGUUCGUGAUGAAGACGAUGGCGUGUACAUGUGCCGAGCUUCUAAUCCACUUGGUGAAGCUGUCACUACUGCAUCAAUGAAAGUAAAAACUAAAGCAAGUAUCCAAUUGGAAAGUCAACACCCUGAAGCUCAGAAACGAAUUGCUCAGUUGGAAGCCGAUAAACCCGGACGUGCUGACGAACCAGACAAAGUCUUCGACAAACCGAUAUUUACACAACUUCUUACAGGACCCAACGAACUCUGGGAAGGUCAAGUUGCUCGCUACGAAUGCCGAGUUGUACCAGUCGGUGAUCCGAGUUUAAGAUUCGAGUGGUAUGUGAAUGGCGUAGAACUUAAAAUGGGUUCUCGCUACCACGUCAGCCACGAUUUUGGUUUUGUUACCCUAGACAUUUUGAAAGUAAUUUCAGAAGACUCGGGUGUCUACUCAUGCAAAGCUAUCAACAACGCCGGUGAAGCUGUGUCAUCAAUUUCACUGAAAGUUAAAGCACGUUCAGCCAUUGAAAAGGAUGCUAUUCAACCUGAUGCUUGGCAGAAGAUCCAACUGAAAGAAGCUGAAAUGAAUAAAGUACCAGAGAUGUUUGUAGAUACUACACCUCAACAAGCGCCAGUAUUUACUACACACUUGAAGAGCUACGACAAACUCCAAGAAGGUCAGCAUGUUUACUUAGAAGCUCAAGUUGAGCCUCGAGCUGAUCCAAACUUACGCACCGAGUGGUUCAAGAAUGGAGUACCACUUCAAACUGGUACUCGACUACGCAGUACCUUUGACUUUGGUCUCGUAACUCUUUCAAUCAACGGUCUCAGAGCUGAUGACUCUGCUUUAUACACCUGCAGAGCCACAAAUCUUCUUGGUGAAGCUGUAUCCACUUGCAGUUUGAAGAUCGACGACCGCCACUGGCUUCUAGGAGAUACUCUUCAUCCUGACGCUCUCUCGAAGAUCGAUGCACUCGAACAACCAAUGGCUCCGACUCCAGAACGUCCAGAGCCUACGUACGAAGAGCCAGUGUUCAUCACUCACUUGAACAACGUAGAGUGCACUGAAGGAGACAACGUUCACUUUGAGUGCAAUGUCGAGCCCUCCAAAGACCCAACAAUGAAGAUCGAGUGGUUCUUGAAUGGCAAAGCAUUGCCAACUGGUGCUAGAUACAAGACCAUCUACGACUUUGGCUACGUCGCCAUGGACUUAGUCCACGCUUACGAAGAAGACUCUGGCAUGAUUACAGUCAAAGCUACGAACUCUAAAGGAUCAGCUCAGACAAGUGGAACAUUAAAAUGCACGAGCAAACAGAAUAUUUACCUUCAAACUCAACAUCCUCAAGGUCCAGCAGGUCUUGAAAAAGUCCAAGAGGUUGAUGAAGCCUUCCAAUCAAAGUCCAAGAGGCCUGACGAUGCUCCUGAGCCGCAAUAUCCCAAACCUAUUUGGACAGUACCUCUUCAGCCAGAAUUCAAACUCGGAGAAGCUGAACCUCUUCAUCUAGAAGGUCAAGUUGAACCUAAAGACGAUCCUAAUUUGAAAAUUGAGUGGUACUUCAAUGGCAAAGCUCUGGAGCACGGAUCUAGGUUCAAGAUGACCAGUGACUUCGGUUUCGUUACUUUAGAUCUCACUGAUGUCUAUGAUCGAGACUCGGGAAUUUAUAGUUGCAAAGCUUACAACAAAGCUGGAGAAGCUUUUACAGCAACAACCAUUUACUGCUCGACCAAGGAAAAUAUCAUUGAACGGUCUCAGCAUCCUAAAGGAAAAGAAGGAUUAGAAGCAAUCCAAGAUCUUGAAGAGUCAUUGAAGAGACCCGAUGGAAAACCAGCAGAAGCUGAAGAAGGUCAUCCUCCAGUAUUUACAUCACAGUUUGAGACCUUGACCAACUUAUCUGAAGGAGAGAUCGCUCAUUUCGAAGCUUCACUGACACCAACAGGUGAUCAGACAAUGGUAGUCGAGUGGUUCUACAACGGAAAAGCUCUAGAAGCUAGCCAUAGAAUUAGAACUGUCUAUGCCUUUGGUAUGGUCGUUCUCGAAGUUCUUGGCACAAAGAUCGAAGACUCUGGAACUUAUUCCUGCAGAGCAACGAACAAAUGGGGACAAGCUGAGAUUUCUGUGAAUCUAGAAUGCGUUGACAAGUCCAAAGGACAGAAACCCAAGUUUACAACUCACAUUCAGUCGUUGGAAGGCUUGAAAGAUGGUCAGUCAGUACACUUCGAAUGUACUCUGAUUCCUGUAGGUGAUCCUCACAUGAAGGUCGAGUGGUUCCACAAUGGACAGCCAUUGAGACACUCAUCACGUUUCAAGAUGGUCUCGGACUUUGGAUUUGUCGUGAUGGACAUAGCUGGAGUGAUGUCUCAUGACAGCGGAGAGUAUGUGUGCAAAGCCAGUAACAAGUUCGGUGAAGAUUUUACCAAAGCAACCAUCAAGUGUUUCGGAAAGAGCGGAGUUUAUCUUGACUCUCUUCAACCCGACUCAUUGGCAAGAAUCCGUGAGCUUGAAGCUUACGGAGGUGACCAGCCAGCUGCUCCAUCAACUCCAGUAGCAGAGCCACCGAAAUUCAUCACUCAAAUUACAGACAUCACUAAACUGGUCGAAGGACAAUCAGCUCACUUCGAAGCUCGACUUACUCCGGUCACUGAUCCAGACCUCAAGGUUGAGUGGUAUUACAAUGGCAAGAAACUUCCUCAUGGUCAUCGUUAUAGAACUUUCCACGACUUUGGUAUUGUCAUCUUGGACAUUCUUUACUGCUAUGAAGAAAACUCUGGUGUCUAUGAAUGCCGAGCUGUCAACAAAUACGGAGAGGACUCGACAAAAGCCACUCUCAAGUGCAUGUCCAAAGCUAGUCUUAUUUUAGAGUCUCAGUUACCAAAGGGCAUGGAGAAAGGUCUUGAGAAAAUUCAAACUCUCGAAGACUCGAUGAUUAAAACGAAGGAUGAAAAGAUCACUGAAGAACGUGGCAAAGCUCCAGUAUUUACUGUUCCUCUCAGCAACAUCGAUGGACUUCGCGAAGGCGAGAGUGCUCACUUCGAAGCACGUUUGACGCCGACAGACGAUCCUAGACUAAAAGUCGAGUGGUUCUGGAACGGAAAACCACUUAAAACUGGUUCACGUUUCCGUACAUUCUGCGACUUUGGCUUUGUCAUCUUGGAAAUUUCGCCUAUUUAUCCUGAAGACUCUGGAGAAUACAGCUGCCGUGCUACCAAUGACUACGGAGAGGCAGUAACCAGUUGUACAAUGAAGUGCACUGGAAAACGAAGUAUCAUCUUGGAAUCCCAACUACCCAAAGGCAUGGAAAGUACCAUCGAUAAGAUUGCGGAACUAGAAGGUCUUGGAGGUGAACCAGGUCAAGUAAUUCCCGAUGAUGAUACCGGACGUCCACCUGAAUUUAUUACAACUCCAUCGGACUUGACAUUGAGCGAAAAUUCUCUUGCUCACUUCGAAUGCCGUCUUCUGCCGGUAAAUGACUCCAGUAUGCGAGUCGAAUGGUUCCACAACGGGAAAGCGCUUAACGCAGGUUCACGUAUCAAGACCAUUCAUGACUUUGGAUUCGUUAUUCUUGAAAUAGCCAAUUGUUACCAACGAGAUUCAGGUCUGUACACAUGCAAAGCAACCAACCGUCAUGGAGAAGCCACCGUGUCAUGUAAAUUCCAAGUACGCGGUCGUCAAGGUAUUAUUUUAGAGCCACAAUUACCUACAAACUUUAAAUCUGGAACAGAGAGCAUCCAGAAGCUUGAGGAAGCUUUGUACAAGAAGGACGAAAUUCUUGCUGAAGAGGAAAAACCCAAUCCUCCGAGAUUUACUGUCGAAUUAAAAGAUAUCGAAGUUGAAGAGUCUGAAUCAACUCACUUUGACUGUCGCGUAGAACCUGUGGGAGAUCCAACGAUGCGUAUCGAUUGGUUCCAUAAUGGACGACCAUUUGCAACUGGUUCUCGUGUUCAUAUGAUCAAUGAUUUCGGAUUCAUAUCUUUGGAUAUGUCUUACACUUAUGCGAGAGACAGCGGUGAAUAUGUUUGCCGUGCUACCAACAAAUGGGGAUCAACAACUACCAAAGCAACCAUCACUUGCAAGUCCAAAAAAAAUGUUGACUGUGACUCGCAACUUCCAUCUGGAAUGAGUGGAGAAAAAUUGAAAGAACUGGAACGUGGACCUAUCAGUGAACCACCGCCUGUUGAAGAACUACCGCGUGUUCCACCAAAGUUCAUUACUCAAAUUCAGUCAGCAACUGUCGAAGAGUCUGAGCCGGUGAGAUUUGAAUGCCGCGUUGAGCCAAAGGAAGAUCCGACUCUGCGCAUCGAGUGGUGGAGAAACGGUAAAUUGAUACCAGCUGGUCACAGAUACCGCGCUGUCUACGACAUGGGAUUCGUAUCCAUGGACAUUCUUUACGUCUAUCCCGAAGACUCUGGCGAGUACGUUUGUCGCGCUAUUAACAAUUAUGGAGAAGAUUCAACACGUGCUUCAGUGUCCUGCAAAACUCUACCCAGCAUUAUUCUUCAAAACCAAGUGCCCAGAGGUAUGAAGAGAUCUGAAACAUUGAUGCAGAUGGAAGCAACUAUCAAGAAAUACACUUCGGAAGUUCAUCUAACAGAAGAUGACCUCUAUGAUGCUGAGAAACGUCAGCCUCCGCGAUUCGUCACCCAGAUAGAGAAUCAAACUGAGCUCGUAGAGAUGAACAGCGCGAAAUUCGAGUGUCAAUUAGCACCUGUAGGUGAUCCUAAUAUGAAAGUCGAGUGGUUCUUCAAUGGCAAACCACUGCAUCAUAAAAAUAGAUUCCAGCCAAUUUACGAUUUCGGUUACGUUGCUAUGAACUUCGGUUGGGUUUAUCCAGAAGACAGUGGAGAAUACUUGUGCCGUGCAACGAAUCUCUAUGGAAUGGAUGAAACCAAAGCUAUCAUCAAGACUUCUGGUAAACCUGGAAUUGUCUACGAGUCUCAACUUCCUAAGGGUAUGAAGAGUAUCGAGAUGAUCCGUGAAAUGGAAGCUGCUUGGCAAGUAGCACCUGAAGAAGAAGUUGAAGAAGACAAACCUCGUACAGCUCCAGUGUUUGUAAGUAAACCUGAGCCAGUAGAAGUUGAAGAAUCUGACUGGUCAAGAUUCUGUUGUCGUGUAACUGGUCAUCCUAAACCACGGGUGAUGUGGCUGAUUAACAAUCACACUGUUGUCAAUGGCAAUCGUUACAAGCUCACUUAUGAUGGAAUGUAUCACCUGGACAUUCCUAAAACCCGUCAGUACGAUCACGGAAAGGUCGAGGUAAUCGCUAGAAGCUCAUUGGGAGAAGCUAGAUGCGAGACCACUUUGACAGUCAAACAACGUAGCGAUGAUUACCGCAGUGUCUUGAAGAAUUCACCGAGACCUUGGUACGAUAUUGGUCUGGCUCAGUAUCAAUCAGAGCGUCAGGAUACUGAGUUGGAGCGGGUAUUUGAUGAGAGACACCACAAUGUUUCUCAAGGGGUUGGAAUAGCAACAGAACAUCAUGGCCAGAAGGUUUACAAAGAGCCAGAGACUGAAUGGCAGAAAUCUAUAAAAACUAAGAAAAAUGAGGAGGGUUAUUACAGCAAAUUGAUGAAUCUUGAAGAAGAACAACUGCUCAAAGAAGCGAGAUUGAGAGAAAGUACUCAUCAGUUUGCUAUACCGGGUGAUAAAGUUGUCAGCCACUCAGUCGCCAAGGGAAUGGCACAGAAAUAUCAAGAUAGUUUACAAACGACAACUCAAGAUACUACAGUAGUCCAACCACCGCCAAGACCAGUCAAAAGAUUUACUACCGAAGUUGACAUUGACUCUGAAAGAAUAAAAGAAAGUGGAAAAUAUCCACCAGGUCCUACUGAAUCAGCAGUUCAUGGUCGUGAAGUUCAUGUAGCGAAAUCUAAACAAACGCAAAAGGAAACCAAAGGUGAUACGGAAAUCACGAGAAAAAUUACGGCAACUGAGACAACGGAAGUUGAACACAAAGCUAAAACUCAGGAACGCGUAGUUCAGGGUCAAGUUAAACCAGCAGUGCCACCAGUGUUUACUAAAAAGAUCCAACCGUGUCGAGCAUUCGAGCAAGAGCAAGCGAGAUUUGAAGUCGAGUUCGAUGGUGAUCCAUUACCAACAAUAAAAUGGUACCGUGAAGACUUCCCGAUUCAGAAUUCAUCUGACCUUCAGAUCUACACAUUCAGCACCAAGUCUGUGCUGAUUGUUCGUCAAGUAUUUAUGGAAGACUCGGGAGUAUUUUCAGUAGUCGCUGAAAAUCGUGGCGGCAAAGCUAAAUGCAGUGCUAACUUAGUUGUUGAAGAAAGAAGACGUCAGCCUGGAAGAGGUGGAAUUGUCCCGCCUAGUUUCUUGACAACUAUUCAAAGUACAUCAGUACCAACUGGACAACUCGCUAGAUUUGACGCUAAAGUCAGCGGUACCAAACCUCUUGACGUUUAUUGGCUAAAGAAUGGUAAGAAAAUUACAACAGACAUAAGAUACAAAACUCUGGAAGAAGACAACACUUACACGCUUUUAAUUUUGGAAGCGGUACCAGAAGACACUGCUAAAUAUGAAUGUGUAGCAAUAAACAGUGCUGGAGAAGCACGUUGCGAAGCUGAGUGUAAUGUUCACGGUGCUGAGUCACCAUCAUCAUUGAAACCAUCGAAGCCAUCAACACCCGGAGUUGAAAAAGCACCGGCUGUUCUUGAGCCACUCAAAGAUCAAACGAUCAAAGAAGGCGCAGCUGUUGCAUUUGCAUGCAAGAUCAAUGGCAAGCCGAUUCCUACUGUGCAGUGGAAGAAAGGAGACAAGAUUAUCAAACCCUCUAAAUACUUCCAAAUGCAAAAAGAAGGGGAUCGCUGUACCUUGAGGAUUUCUGAAGCUUUCCCAGAGGAUGAGGGCGUAUACAAAUGUAUCGCUAAGAAUCCUGUUGGUGAAGUAACGACAUCGGCUAAUCUUCGAGUAUUAGCACCUGACAGUACAGACGUUUUGCCAAAAUUAACACCUUUGAAGGAUCAAAUUGUUAUGGAAGGACAACCAGCUCAAUUUAAAACUCAAAUUAGUCCACCGAAACUUAAACCAACUGUCCAAUGGUACCGUGAAGGUGCAUUAAUUCCUCAAUCUCCUGAUUUUCAGAUGAUUCAUGAAGGUAAUAACGCAGUUCUUCUUAUCGCAACAACGUAUGAGGAAGACUCAGGAGUUUUUACUUGUCGUGCGACAACUUCUGCUGGCACUGUGGAAACGUCAGCUAAGCUCAUCGUAAAAAAAAGAAAAGGUGUUUAUUAUGAGACAGUAGCACCCGAAGAAGUGGGACCAGGUAAUAAAACGGGUAAACAACCGACUUUAGGUACAAGUGUUGGCGGUUUAGAUAAACCAGGAUUUAAAUAUGGAAAACCGGAUGAGGAAGUUGUCGAGUUGGAUGAAGAAGGAGUGCCGAUUGGUACUCCAUUGCAACCUGGAGAUGAAUCUCUAUCUUGGAGACGAGGUAGAGUUGUUCAUCGUGCACGUCCGAUGCAAAUAACACCUUGGAGAUCAACGAAACCCACAACUCGCGAUGUUUCGCUUGAUAAACUUCAGGCUCGUGCGGUUCCUGAGGUAAAACCUUGGACUGAGGAAGAAGUUGUGCUGAAGAAAGCGCCUCAAGUUAUACGAGAAAUUCCGCGGGAAAAAUUGGAAGAAGUUGAAUUAAAGGCUUCGAAAAUAGAGAAAAAGGAAUUGGUUAAAGAAACACUUGAGACUGUGGAGUUGAAGCCGGUUGUCAAAGAUACGAAGGAAGAUAAAAUAUUAGAAAGGCUUUUACGUGAAGAAUAUGUUGAAGAAGAAGACACAUCAUUUCUUGAUGUAUCACGCAGUGAGAAGAUUGAUGUCAGUCAAAAGAUAAAACCGUGGACUGAAGAAAAAGUUGAACUGAAGCCUUCUAAACCAGUGCGCCAAGAAAUUCCGAAAGAAACUGUCGAAGAGGUUCAAUUAAAACCGGCAAAGCCUGAGAGAAAAGAAAUAGAAAAACCUUCUUUGGAGAAGGUUGAUUUAAAACCUGUUACUAAAGUUACUAAAGAAGUUAAAUUGACUGAUAGAAAAAUAACAGAAACUGGUGAGUUUGUCGAAGAAGAAGACUCGGCUUUUCUUGAUAGAUCAGAAAAAGUUGAAGUAUCGAUUGGAAGCAUACCUCAAACGAAACCAUGGACUGAAGAAAAGAUAUCGUUGAAAAAGUCUAAACCAAUUAAGAAAGAAAUACCGAGGGAAUCUAUUGAACCGGUUGAAUUAAAACCUGCUAGACCGGAAAAACGAGAUAUAAGGAAGCCGAGCAUCGAAAAAGUCGAAUUGAGGCCCGUUACUAAGGACGUUAUUGAUGAACGAAGUUUGACUUCAGAAUAUUAUGAAGAAGAUGAUUCUUCGUUGAUGGAAGUUUCGGAAAUAUCUGAGGAUAUAUCUAUUAGGAGAGUAAGAAGACCUGAGAGACAGGAAUUAGUUCAAGAACGUCCAGAUCAACCAAAACCGUGGACUGAAGAGAAGAUAGCCUUGAAAAAGUCAAAACCGGUACGUAAAGAAAUUCCUAAAGAGAGUCUUGAGACAGUGGAGCUCAAGCCAACGAAAGUUGAGAAAAAAGAAAUAAGAAAAUUGAGCAUUGAUAAAGUUGAACUGAAACGAGUCACUCAAGAAGUUGAUACGAAAAUAAGUAACACUAGUGAUUAUGUCACAGAAGAAGAUACUACACUGUUAGAAAUUUCUGAAGAUGUAUCAAUUACGAAAGUGAAGCGACCUAAACAAGAAAGAACUGAAGUAUCUGUUGGUAAAGUGGAUGAAGUCAAGCCGUGGACAGAUGAAAGAAUAUCUUUAAAGCCUUCGAAACCUAUCAGAAAGGAAGUAGUUAAAGAAACGAUUGAAACAGUCGAGCUAAAGAAAGCUAAACCUGAGAAGAAAGAAAUAAGAAAGUUGAGUAUUGAACAGGUUGAUUUAAAACCAGUUACUAAGGAUGUAGUUAUUGAAAAAACUGAAACAACUACAGCUGAUUAUCGUAUUGAAGAAGACACUAGUCUAUUAGACGUCUCUAGAAAUGAGAGAGUUGAGAUUCAACGAAAACCCGAAGGUCCAAAACCAUGGACUGAAGAGAAGAUUUCAUUGAAAAAAUCUGUGCCUGUUAGAAAAGACGUACCGAAAGAGACAUUAGAAACUGUGGAAUUAAAACCUACGAAGUUUGAUCAGAAAGAAGUUAAGACAGUCGAGAAAACUGAAUUGAAAAGAGUAGUUAAAGAUACUGAAGACGUUGUGACGGAAAAAUAUGUCGAAGAAGAUGUAACAACUAGAUUAGAUGUUUCUAAGGUCGAAAAGGUUGAAACGAAUUUGAGUAGACCUGAUCAACCAAAACCGUGGACUGAACAAAUAGUAACGUUGAAGAAAUCAAAGCCGAUACAAAAAGAAAUUGUUAAGGAGACACUUGAGACUGUUAAGCUUAAGCCGUCGAGACCACAGAAGACGGAAGUGGUAAAAGAAAGCUUAGAAACUGUAGAACUGAAACCUGUGAAGAAAGAAGUUGCUACGAAAGAAGACAAAAUUGUUACAGAUACUAGAACUACAUUUGUUGAAGAAGAAGAUACGAAUUUGAUCAAGGUUACGAGAGAUGAAGUCACUGUUGAGGAUCGAAAAACUGAAGAAACAAAAAUUUCAUGGAGAAUGGGUAAAAAGAAGCCAUCUGAGAUGCCUUAUAGAGAAGAAGAAGACACUCAACUUCUUCAAGUUGAUAAAACGGAAGAAGUUACUGAAACACAAAAACGAACUGAAGAGGUUCCGGUACCUUGGGCUCGUGGAAAGAAAGUUAAAGAAUUAAAACCUGAAAAAGUGACGGAAGAAAAAGUGGAAGAGAAGCCCGAAGAAGUUUCACAGGUUCCCUGGUUACGUGGAAAGAAAGAUAAAAAGAAACCUGAAUUAGUUCCUCAAGCGGUUCAACCUGAAAAAGAUAAACCUGAAGAAGUUGAAGAGACGGCGGUUUCUUGGAGAAGAGAAAAGAAGAAGCCGAAAGAAGUUGUAAGUAAGGUUGAACAGGUUGAGCAAGAAGAUACAACUUUACUUAAAGUAGAUAAGACUGAAGAAGUAACUGAGAAGAAAGAGGAAGUUGCUGUUCCUUGGUUAAGAGGAAAGAAAAAACCUAAAGAAGUACCGCUCAAACCGGAAGAAGUUAAGCCAGAGGAAGUUAAACCUGAAGAAGAACAACCUUCAGAGACUUCUCAGUUGCCAUGGAUGCGUAAAAAGCCUCGUCAAGUUAUCGAGAAGAAAGAAGAACACAUUGAGGAUAUUAAAUCUGUGUCUUUGAAACCUGUUAAACGUGAAAAGAAACCAGAAGAAAGAGAAGAAAAGGAAGAAAUUACACUAAAACCUGUUAAACGUCUUCCGAAAGAAGAAGAAAUUACAGAAGAGAUUAAAUUAAAACCUGUUCCGAAGGAAAAGCCUGAAGUUGUUCCUCAAAAGGUAAAAGAACAACCUGAAGAAGAAAAGCCGUCAGAAACUUCUCAAGUACCGUGGCAACGCAAACCAAAAGUACAAAAGGUCAAGAAGACUGUGUCGAUCGAAGAAAAACCUGAAGAAGUUGUUGAAGAAGUUAAAGAGGUAUCGGAGGUACAAAUAACUCAAUUAAAACCAAAAAAAGUUGUUGAAAAGACUGUAAUUAAAGAAGCUGAGGUCGAAGAUUGGAAAUCUGUUAGUUUAAAACCAGCUCGGCGUGUUCAGAAGCCUGAAGAACGUGAAGAAAAGGAAGAAAUUACCUUAAAACCUGUGAAACGUCUUCCGAAAGAAGAAGAGACAAAGGAAGAAAUAAAAUUGAAACCUGUUCCGAAAGAAAAACCUGAAGUCGUGCCUCAGAAGAUUGAAGAGAAGCCUAAAGAAGAUAAACCUUUAGAAACAUCCGAGGUUCCUUGGCAACGCAAACCAAAAGUUCAAAAGGUUACAAAGACCGUAUCGGUUGAAGAAAAGCCGGAAGAAGCAGUUGAAGAAGUCAAAGAGGUUUCAGAGGUACAGAUAACUCAAUUAAAACCGAAGAAAGUUGUUGAAAAGACUGUAAUUAAAGAAGCUGAAGUUGAAGAUUGGAAAUCUGUCAGUUUGAAAUCAACAAGGCGUGUUCAGAAGCCUGAGGAACGUGAAGAGAAGGAAGAGAUUACGUUGAAACCUGUUAAACGUAUUCCCAAAGAAGAAGAAACAAAGGAAGAGAUUAAAUUAAAACCUGUUCCGAAGGACAAGCCCGAAGUUGUUCCUCAAAAGGUAAAAGAACAACCUGAAGAAGAAAAGCCGUCAGAGACUUCUGAAGUACCUUGGCAACGCAAACCAAAAGUACAAAAGGUUAAGAAGACAGUGUCGAUCGAAGAAAAACCUGAAGAGGUUGUGGAAGAAGUUAAAGAAGUGUCGGAACUUGAAAUAACUCAAUUAAAACCUAAGAAAGUCGUUGAAAAGACUGUGAUAAAAGAAGCUGAGGUCGAAGAUUGGAAAUCUGUCAGUUUGAAACCAUCUAAGCGUGUUCAGAAACCUGAAGAGCGUGAAGAUAAAGAAGAAAUUACGUUAAAACCCGUGAAACGUCUUCCAAAAGAAGGAGAAACGAAGGAAGAAAUUAAACUCAAACCCAUUCCUAAAAAAGAAAAAUCUGCAGAAGAUAAACCUGAAGAAGAACUUCAACCAAAGAAAGUAGAAGAAGUUCCUAAGGAAAUUCCUGAAGAAAAAACUCAACUCCCAUGGAUACGUGGAAAGAAAAAGCCUAAAGUCCUGGAGUCUCCUGAUGAAAAGAAACCCGAAGAAGUUCCUAAACAGCUUUCAGAAGAGACAACUGAAGAAGUUGAAAAAACACAGGUGACUUGGAGAAGGCCAAGAAAAGAAAAACCUGAAGAAGCUAAACCUGAAGAGGUUACAUUAAAACCAGUGCAACGGCUUAAACCAGAAGAAGAAAAACCGGAAGAAGUUAAAUUGAAACCAGUUCAACGGCCUAAACCAGAAGAAGAAAAGCCUGAAGAGGUUAAACUAAAGCCCAUUCCAAGAAAACCAAAACCAGAGGAAGAAAAGCCUGAAGAAAUUAAAUUAAAACCAGUUCAACGGCCUAAACCUGAAGAAGAGAAACCUGAAGAGGUUAAACUAAAACCCAUUCCAAGAAAACCUAAACCAGAGGAAGAAAAGCCUGAAGAAAUUAAAUUAAAACCAGUUCAACGUCCUAAGCCUGAAGAAGAGAAACCUGAAGAGGUGAAAUUGAAACCCAUUCCAAGGAAGCCGAAAGCAGAAGAAGAGAAGCCAGAAGAAGUAACUUUGAAACCUGUCAAAGUUCCUGAAAAAUUAGAACAACCGGAAGAAGAAACCCCUGAACAAGUAUCCUUAGCUCCUUGGAAACGCGGCAAGAAACCAAAGAAAGAGAUUGUACCUCAAGAAGUUGUCCCAGAAAUUAAACCUAAAGAAGUGCCCGAGAAGGUCGUGGAAGAAGAAAUAAUUACAACUAUACGAACAGAAAAGAAACCUAGAAAAACGAAAAACGUAGAAUUUAAAGAAGAAGUCGAAGUAGUUUCGAUAGACCAACAGGAAGUGAUUCAUGAGGAACAAGAAAUUCAGCAAGUAGAGGUACUUCAACCUGAACAAGUAACUCAAACUGAAGACCAAGUUGAUGAGGUUAAAGAAGUCACUGAAGUGUCUUGGAGAAAAACAAAGAAAACUAAACCAAAGAAACCUGAAGAAGCACCAGUACAAGUUCCUCAACCAGUUGAAGAACAAGAAAAAAUCGUUGAAGAAAAGACUGAAGAAACGAUUACCCUCAAACGAGGUAAGAAGAUCGUUAAACCUGAAGAAGAAAAGCCUGAGCAAGUUGUUCUUAAGCCAGUUAAACGUGAUACGAUUCCCGAGGAGAAGGAAAAAGAGGAAGUUCAGCUAAAACCGACUCCUAAGAAAGAAAAGCCUAAAGAGACUGAGCUUAAGCCUUUGGAAGCAAAACCAAUUCCAGAGAAGCCUGAAGAAACAACAGAAAAAACUACUCAAGACGUGACGAUAACAAAGAAGAAGAAGACAGUAACAGUAGCCGAAAAGGCUGUAGAGAUUCAAGAAGAAAAAGUAGAAGAACGUCGUCCAAUGGAAGUAGAUAUCAUCACUCAAAAACGCGAAGAUACCGUCGAAGAAGUAGAGCGUACUGAAAAACGUACACGAAGACAAAAAAUAAAAAUGGACAUUCCAAUUCCCGAUAAAGAUGUAGCGCCAAGAUUUAUUCAAAAACUUCAGCCAGUAAUAGCCGAAGCAAAUAAACCAGCUAAAUUCACUUGUACCGUAGUCGGACACCCAACACCCGCAAUUACCUGGUACCGAAAUGAACAAGAACUUCAUGCUACUGAAAAAUACAUCAUGACUGUUGUUGAAACAACCGCAUCUUUAGAAAUUAUCGAGGUCACUGAAGAAGAUGUAGGAAUGUAUACAUGCCGAGCUUCAAAUCCCGCCGGCAAUGCCUUCUCAACAGUCAAUCUCGUCAUCUUUGAAAAAGAAGAAGAAGGAGUAGCUCCACACUUCGCAACACCAAUAAAGCCUCUCAUGGUCCAAGAACACCAACCAGCGACUUUGGAAUGCGUCGUUACAGGUACUCCAGCACCGGAAGUUAAGUGGUACCGCAAAGAAAAAGAAAUCAAACCUAAAAAGGGUACUGAGAUAACGUUUAAUCCAGAAACUGGUGAAGCUAAGUUGACAAUUAUUGAACCAAUGCCCGAAGACGAGACAAUUUAUCGUGUCCGAGCGGUCAAUAAAUUUGGACGAGCUGAAUGCCGUGCCAAUUUACUUAUCAGCAACGCGGCUGUUGUUACCAAACCUGAAGUAAUGCAUGCGCCCAGAAUCACUAAACCAGUUCCUGCUUUGAUUGCAACCAAGAGUAAGCCUUUAGUACUGACUGCAGAGUUCGAAAGCACACCUAAGCCUGAAGUUAAAUGGUUCAAAAAUGGUGUAGAGUUAGCUCCGACCGAUAAUCGAGUCAUCACGAUUUACGAAAAUACUUCGGAGUUAACAAUUUCUGAUGUUACAAAGAAGGAUUCCGGAAAGUAUGAAAUCCGAGUACAAAAUCCCGUGGGCGAAGCAAGAAGCUCUGGGUCUGUGACUGUAAGAGACCGCGAAGAAGUUAUUGAUGAGACUGAAGACAGACCAAAAGCUCCAUGGUUUGUCAAACCACUGCGACCUCAAAUUGUUAGCGUCGGAGAAGUCGUUAUCAUGGAGGCCGUUGUUGACUCCUAUCCUACUGCAUCAUUCCAAUGGUUCCAUGACACUAAACCUCUAGAAUCUUCUCCAGCAGUGAGGAUUGUCACUAAAGAAAACAGAUCAGUAUUGCUGGUCAAAGAGAUCAAACCAGAAGAAGCCGGUGGUUACACUUGCAGAGCUGAGAAUGUCAUCGGCUCGGUUACAUGCACAGCCAGUGUUAAUAUAAUGGAAACCACCUGGGAAGAAACAACCGAACUGAUAUCACCGACGUUCGUUAAAAAGCUUUCACCAGUACGGGUGAUGGAUGGCGAGAGCGUUGAUCUAACCUGCACCGUCAAAGGCAAACCAACGCCUAAAAUUCACUGGUACCACGAUGACAAGCCCAUCAAAGAAGGCAAAGAGAUUACUAUUCUACAGGACACUGAAGGGGUCUGUAGUCUUGCUAUCACUGAAGUAUUUCCGGAAGAUGCUGGAGAGUACACUUGUCGCGCUGUUAAUCCCGUUGGCGAGGCUGUUUGUACUACGUCACUUGUUGUUGAAGCGUACGAGUAUGUUCCGGACUCAGAGAUUGCUUCUUCAGCAGUUGCUGGAUCACUUAUAAGUGGCUCUGAGGAAGACUUACUAUCUCCAAAGGAGGCCCCUCUAUCAGACACCGAUACAGAGGAAUCAGCACCGGAGAUAAUUAAAACACUUCCUCAGUUAAUUCCAGCGAAAGAUGGAGAAUUGACUCGAUUGGAAGUAAAAGUGAAAGGUAAACCAAAGCCAGAAGGUAAAUGGUACAAACAAGGUAUUGAAAUAAAAUCAUCAGAAGAAUUCCAAAUAGAAGAGUUUGAAGAUGGGACAUCUGUAUUAACAAUUGCUGAGACUUACCCUGAUGAUACUGGAGAAAUUGUCUUCGAAGCACUCAAUCCUCUGGGUGUUUCCACUACCACAGCAUAUUUGUCCGUAGAAGGAAUCCUUGGAACAAAAGAAUACAGAAAACCAGAAUGGGUAACGCAAAUGGAAGAGAUGCAAGAAGCAUUGCGAGCUAGUCAACAGGUUCCGCGAUUCAUUCAAGAGAUAACUGACAUUUAUACAGAAGCUGGUCAAAAAGUUGUUUUCGAAACAAUUUAUUCAGGACAUCCAGCUCCAGUGGUCGUAUGGUUCAAAGAUGAUAAAAUGAUUGCGAGUACAAAGAACGUUAAGGUGAGACUUAAUGAAGAAGAAAAGAAGACAUCAGUUAUGAUUUUACAUGCUACUCCUGAGGACGAAGGAACUUACGUUUGCAAAGCUACUAGUGACAUUGGAUUAGCAACAACGAAAGCUAAAUUACGAGUAUCUGGUACUUAUGAAGCUGGCGAUGAUAACUGGGAGGUUGAAGAGCAGCCAGAAGAAGUUCCUGAAGAAAAGCCGAAGAGGAAGAAGAGAUUGGAGAUGAAGAGAGCUAAAGAAACUAAAGAGAAAAUGAAAGCUCUCAAAGUUAGAGUUGAAAAAAGAAAGGAUGCGCUCAAGGAGAAAGCAACGGCCAGUGAACAGCCUGAUGAUAAGAGCAUCGUAGACGUGGAAGAGACGCAAGUUCUUGAGUCUACAGACGUAAUUGAACAUGAAGCAUUCGAAACAACUAAGGCACAUCGUGUUAUCUCGGUACAGGAGCCAGUAAUAACGGAAGCAACAGCUUCAUUGAAGAAAGUUGACGAAAAAUCACAAAAGAUCGUGCCGAGACGUGAAGAUCGAGCUCGACCAGUUGUUCUAGAGCAAGAGGCUGUAGUCGUUGCCUCGGAAAUAGUCACUCAAGAUACGACAGCUGACUUUAAGGUACAAUCUACGACAGAUCGUGCUCAGGUUACUUCUGAAACUUUCGAGACUGUCUCCGUAUCUGAAGUCCAUACUGAGUCAAGUGUUCAGGAGAUCAAGAGAACUGAUUCUAAGACACGAAGAGCUAAAAAGACGGUAGUGAGUAGCCAAGAAGGCGUCGUUGAGGUUCGUCAGACGCAGGUUGAAGAAUUCCCUGAUGAGAAACCGAAGAAGAAGAAAGACCGGAAACGGGAUGUAGUUGAAGUUACUAUUGAAGAAGUUAUCAAAGAGCAAAAAGUUAAUCUUCUACGAGCUGUUGAAGAGAUUAUGGAACUGCUCAACGUCAGGGAAUUCGGACCUGGUGAAUCUCCGCUACGUGAACUCGCUACUAUUGGGUUCUUAGUCAGCCAUGGAGUUCCGGUUAGUGAAAUAAAUGAAGCUCUCUACAGAACUGACCAGUUCCCAGCAUUGAGAACUCCAGAUGCACAGAAUGCUCUAGUGCAAUUGGUCGAGAGAGAAGGUCACGGUGCAUUGAUCACUCAAGUUCUUACUGAAGAAACUACAACAGACGAAGCUAUCGUUGCUGCCACUGUCGGUUUCCGAGCUUUUAUGAGAAUGGUCGAACUUAUUCACACUACUGUUGAAGAAGUCAUUACUCAUUUUGCUCCUGAAGACUUCCGUCCAAGAGCUUGGGAAGUUACUGAAAUCACUGAGGCUGAAGUUGAGGAACAUAUCACUGAAAGAGUAUCCGUCGUCCAAACUACAGAGGUCCGCGUAAUGGAGAAACGUGAGGAGAAAAAAGCGAUCCUGAAGCAAGAUGUUCGAGAAAUUAAAGAAUACGAGGACACUCAGCUAGUACACGAAACACUGCACAAAGAAAUAAAACCAGAAGAACACGGGUCUCGAGUGGUUGAGGACACACAAGAACACAAGGAUAGGGAAAGUAUUGAUAUUGAGGAGGAAACUGUUGUUACUGAGCGCGAUGAGGGUAGAUUAGUUACGAAAAAGCCCAAAAAAGAGAAAAGAAGAGAGAAAAAAGAAGAUGAGGUUGUGGUAGUUGAGGAAGAAGAAAUAGUUACGAAAAGAAUUAAGAAACCGCAGAAAAAACAGAAGGAAGAAAUAGAGAUUGAGAUUGAGGAAGAAGAAAUAAUUGAAGAGGAAGAAGAAGGAGAGAAACGUAAGAAAAUAUUGAAAGCCAAAAGACCGAAGAAAGGCGAAGAAGAAAUUGAUUUCGAAGAAGUUGAAGAUUUUGAGACGGUAACAGACAAAGCAGUGCCAUCUGUGCCUGUUAAUACUUCGGUACAGAGUCAUGAAGUUGUUGCGUUAACGAGAACUGCCGAACAAGCUCCUGGAAAACCGGAAAGUGAAAAAGCUAGAGUUACUUUGGAUACAGUGAAUGCAUUGGUAGAACAAUAUGUACCGGUUCAAGAGAGUGAAGAUAAAAUUAGCAAGAUAAAACCAGAUGAGAAGAAAGCUUUAGUAUCGGUAGCUCCAGUUGAACCUUUCUCUGUUACGGAAACAACUGUUCAAGGCUCGCAUGGAGAAUUCAAAGGUACUUUUAAACCAACGACUUUCGAAGCUACACCUGGAGUUGUUACGAAGCCUAAAGAAAGUCUUCAAGUUACGGAAACGCUUGCGAAUGAUGCUAAGACUACUGGAUUAGAUUUGAAGCAAGCUCUGACGACGCAAAAAGCUGAAGUUGCUUUGACUCUACAGGAAGCAACUACUGUAAGUGAAACUACGGUAAACCAAGGCGAAGUUCCCACUCAAGACUUUGUUGCUCCGACUGCAGUGACUGCUGAAGACACAAUGCUACCAAAUAUCAGUCUUUCUAUUUACGAAGUCAACGAGGCUGUUACUGAAGAUAAAUUGGAGCCUACUAAGACUAUUUCUGCUAAGCCACGGGUCAAUAUAAGUGCUGUAGAACCUCUGACUAUUGAAGAAGUCCAAACUGAAGACAAGCCUGGAAAGUAUUAUCCAGAAUUAUUUGUUCCAACUGAAAUAGCAACGACGACAGUCGUGUCACAGAAACGGGUUAUUACUGAAGAGACUCAUGCACCGGAAAAAGAAGGAGAAUAUGUGCCUGGAAGAUUACCAGCUGGUCAGAAAGCUCAGGUUGGUGUUUCUGAAGGCGGCGAAGCGCCGAUGAUUGGAGAACAACCGAUACAGGAGAUGGAAGGUGUAUUUGUUCCUGGCAGGAAAGCUGACACUUUCGAAGCUGAAACUAAUGUCAAUGUUUUGGAAAGCGUUACGGUUUCUACGGUUGAGACUCAACAUCAAGAAGUUAAUCUUGUUGUUGAAGAAGCGAAGAAAGCUGUGGCUGAUCUAAAUGUUGUUGAGAAGAGUUCAGUAUUUACUAUGGAAACUGUUACAUCUGAAAGAGAAGUCGAAUAUAAACCAGAAGAGCAACCAUCAGUUAAAACAGCCGACAGUUCAAUACUUCCUUUGGAAAUUGGAAGUAUUUCCAGUACUAUUGUCCAAGAGUCUGAGGGUAUAUAUAAUGAACAAGUGAAACCAACAUCAGCAAUCGCAGAAACCAGUCUCCGUCCAGAAGAACACGUGACGGUUUCUCAAGUAGAGACCGCUGAUUUGCCGUCUAAAUUCAGCGAAGAUUUGAAAUACAUCACGGAAAGUGGAACUGUGUCUGUACAACUGACUGAAGCGAAAGUAAUCCAAGAGACUUUUACGCAUGAUCGUGAAGAAAAGUUUGAAGACUCCGUUAAACCGGAAGAAAAAAUAGUGGAUAUGAUUUAUGAUUCUGUUAAAGGUAUUGAAAUAUUUCAGACGACUUCCGUAGACAAAGAAGGUCAUUUAGAAAUUUAUGAAAUGCCUGAGAGCCAUCGAGGUAAAAUGGUCCCAACUCAUUCUGUCAUUUCCUUCCAGGUUGAGGAGACUCAACCUGAAGAUAAUGUAGGGAAGCUUGAUAAAUUAGUUCCAAUUACUGGAAAAGCUAAAGUUGGACAUGAUAAUUUAGUAGAAACUGUGGUAGAUAUCACAGUAGUUGAUGAAGGGUUGAAACCUGUGGAAAAAGAUCAAGUACCUGAGUCAAAGUUUGCUGAAGUUGGGUUGAAUGAAGUAGAAAGUGUGAAGACAACAGAAAUUAUUGUGAACGAAGCUGAGGAAGACUACAGAAGUAUCACUAAAAUGGAGAGUGUGUUUGCAACGACAGGUUUCACUACACAAUCUGCCUUUGAAUUGCAAGAAGUGCGAACUGAAUCACCAACUGGAGAAUUACCUGAAGAAGUUCGUGCAAGUGGAACUGCUCAAACAUCAGCAGUUCCACUAGAGUCGGUUACUGUUAAUCUUCAAGAAGUUGCUGAAAAAGAAGAUGUGUAUACUGAAGACAUCAGACCUGAGUCUAAGACAGCUAGCAUUGAUUACACUGAAACGAGAUCAGGUGCAAGUGUACUAGAAGUUUUGACUCAUGAUCUAGAGAACACGUAUCGACCGGAUGAGAAACCACAAGACUUUACAGCUUCGAGUUCAAUUGAUAGCCGGACGAUAGCUAUGAAAUCUGAAGUCUUGAUUGAACAAAGUGCAGGUAAGAUGUCUGAUGAUAAACCUAAGACUGCGAAGGCAUUUGGAACUCAAGAAGCACUUGAUGAGUUGGUUAUUGUUGAAACAAACAUUGCGGAGACGGAGAAACCGAGAUUUGAAGAAGCAAAACCAGUUGAACAGAAAGCUCAAGUUGAUAUUACGACUUCAGAAAAUGUGUCGGUGAUGGAAAUCACGGCAGUUCAUGCUGAAGAGACUUUACAUACUGAAGAUUACGUCUCUGAGAAGACAAUUACGAUGAACUUAACAUCAACUCAUGAAGUAGCACAAACUGAAGAAACAGUUGUUGCCAAUAAUAUUGAUUCACUGUCUGAACUAAAACCGAAAACAGAAAGCGCUAUAUUGCAUCAAAGUGGCUUAGAGAUAGUUCAGCAGACAGAGUUAACGGUUUCGGAAAAAGAAUCAGUACUUUUGGAAGAUGUUAAACCGGAUUUGAAGAAUGUUAAUGUCAGUUUCAUGGAAGGCGAAAGUGUACAAGUACUAUUGACAAAUUCAGAAGACAAAGAAGGUCGGCUAGAAGAUCAAGUUAAGCCUAAAAGCUUUGAGGCUUCGAUAGACUUUGAAGUUCAAGGUGUUGCUUCGCAGUAUGAAAUAAUGAGUGACACUGGAGUUAGUGAAUUUACAUCAGAAGUUCCAAAAGACGCGAAACCAUCAGAGUCUUUACUUCUCUAUGAAACUGCAGUUGCGGAAGAAAUUCAAACGCGUGAGACUGAAGCUCCUUUGACGGAAAUUCAACCGAGCAAUCGAUUAGCUGAGAUGUCGUUCGAAAUAGGUGAAGGUAUUCUGGUGUCAACUGUUGAAACUGGAGACAAAGAGAGACCUCUUGAAGAACUCGAGAAACCGGAAAACAAAUUAGCUACCUUUGAUUUCGAAUCACAUCCAGUUGCUGAAGCUUUAGAGACUAUUGCUCAAGAUGAUGCAGGAGAAUUUAAACCAGAAGAAACUCAGUCUGCUACUGCACUAAUGGAUCAUGUAGCGCACAAGAGUAUUGUAACAAUUGAAACAUCUGUUGGAGAUCGAGAAGGAUUUAUGGAUGAUUUUGUUAAGCCUGAGGAGAAAAUCGUUGAUGUUGCAUUUGAAGAAGCUAAGAUCUGUUUGAAUAUUACGGAAACAAUUUCAUCUGAAAAAGAGAAAGAAUAUGUGGGCAAAGAAGAUGUGAUGACAGAAAAAGCAACGUUCAACUUCGAUGCUCAUAAAGUAGCUGAACUUACUGAAGUCACGACGUCUUCAGUAACUGAUGAAUUGAAAGAAAAGGCUCCGACAUCAGCAAUUGCUAAAGAAGAACGUCUACCAUUUGAAGGAGUUAUUCAAACAGAAGCUGUGAUCUCCGAAAAAGAAAAAGAAUUUUCUGAAAGUCCAAUAAUUGCCACAAAUAAAGCAGAAAUAAUAAUUGGAGAUAAAGGAAAUGUUACAAGUGUUUCUGAAGUUAUGAUAGUUGACAAAGAAGGCUCACUGAAAAUUCCCGAGAAACCAGAAGAACGAAGAGCUUCAAUAGACAUGACGGGACAUUCAAUAGCUGAGAAAAUUGAAGUUAAUGUUGACUCAAGUACGGGAGUUCUUGGAGAGCUUCAAAAGGUAUCAGCUUCUGCUAUUUCAUCGCAGAUUCCACUAGAGCCUGUCAUACAAACUGAAACUCAACCAUCAGAAUCUGAAGGCUUGUUAACGAAAGAUAAAAAACCAAUUAAAGCUCUUGCUGAUUUAUCUGUCGUUGAAGAUCAAAGCAUUGAAGUUACAAUGGUAACGAUGGAAGACAAAGAAUCUGAUUAUUUACCAAAAGACUUACCCGAGAGUAGAGUUGCAGACAAAGCGUUUGUUGGUGGACACUUGGUAGCAGAAACUACUGAACACGUGGUCGAUUUCAGUACUCAAAUGAUUACUGAAGAAAAACCUGAAGUAUCGACUGCUAUUUUAGAUCAGAUUACUUUCAAUCCAUUGACCAGUUCUCAAAUGAUUAUUGGAGAAACCGAAGAUCAAUUUGUACCGGAUGUCAAACCGGAAGAUCACACUGCUAAGAUUGAUAUUGAAUUUGGGCGCAGCACUGUAACAAUUUCUCAAGUUACUACGGGCGAUAAAGAGACCACGUAUACACCAGAAAUAUUCCCCGGUGAGAAAGCUGCUUCUAUGAAUAUCGAUCUAACUCAUGAGAUUGCUGAAACAACGGCUACAAAUGUUCAAGACGCUCUUGGUGAUGUUGAAAGUAUGAAACUUGAUACAGUAAAAGCAAUAUCGAGCCAAGAAGUUUUUAGAAGUCUUCAAAUAUCUCAAGAAAUUCCUCAAGACAAAGAAUCAAUAUUUGAGGGUAAGUUUAAAGCAGAUGUAAAAGACGUUGAAGUGACUGUUGAGGAAGGAAAAGGCGUGACAACUGUUACUGAAAUUACAACUGAAGCUAAAGAAGGUAUUCUUGAUAAUUUAGUUCACCCUGAAGCGCGAGAAGCUGUUCCUGCUUUGACUUCGGGUCAUGAAGUAGCAGAACAAACAGAAGUGAUAGCUGAUUUACUUGUUGGACAAGUAGAGGCACUUCAAACCACUUCCGCUACUGCGAGAAUUGGUCAAAAACCUUACGAAACGGUUCAAUUAAUUGAAGAAUUCCUGGGUGAGCGAGAAAGCGACCGCAUGGAAGUAAAAAUGGUGACAUCAAGCGCUAAAGUCGCUGUAGAUGAACAGACUUCAGUAAUUGUUGCAACCACGAUGACACAGGAUGUUGAAGAAGAGCUUCUGGUUCCAAAAAAACCUAAAGAAGAAAUGGCAAAACCAGGAGUUGAGAGUAAAGAGGUAGCUCAGCAGAGUGAAGUGAUGCCGAAGGAAGGUAUUGAAGAGCUUUUAGUAACGAAACCAACAGAAGCAGCAGCUAAAGAGACACAAGGAACAUUUGAAAGUGUCAAUGUCAUUCAAGCAAUACCCGAAGAACUGGGUUCAGACUUUACAGGCAAGUUUAGACCUGAUGAACGGAGUGCUGAUGUUUCAUUCGUGGAAGGCAAAAGUCUAACUGUUAAUGAAGUUAUGAUUCAAGAUAGCGAAGGUACUGUAACGAUUGCCAAACAUAUUGAAGGCUUUGCAGAAGUAAAGCUGACAAGAGUGGGGCAAGAUGUUGCACAGAAGACUGAAGUUAUUGUCGAUCAGAGCACAGGAUCGAUUGCACCGUUUGAAAGUGAUUCAAAGAAAGCUCGCCCUAUACAAGAUACAUUAGAAUCUGUGAUCAUUGAAGAAGUUCCCGCUGGAGAAACUGAAGGCAAUUUUGUUGAUUAUCCUAAAACUAUUUCUAGUAAAAUUACUCCAACGUUUGAAGAGGGACAUAGUGUAUCUAUCACUGAAGUAACUUCUGGCGAGCGUGAAAAAGUUCUCGAAGAACAGAAAUUACUUGAAUCGCGUACAGCUGAGACAACGGUGAUUAUGGAGCAUGGUAGUAUUUUAACCACGGUAGUAGACUCAAGUGUUGAUGUAAAGACUGAAGUUCCUGUAGAUGAGAGAAUACCGCAGACUGCUACUCCAAGCCAAGAUACUUUUGAAAGUGUCUCAGUGUCGGAAAAUAUUAUUGAAGAGUCUGAAAAUUCAUUCGAAGGCCAAUUCAAACCUACUACUCAGACAGCUGUCGUUGAUAUUCAAGAAGUUAAAUCGUUUCAAGUAUCAGAAACAAUGUCAGAGUAUAAAGAAGAAAGCUUCGAAGGUGCUCCAAAGAUUCAUACAGUUCAAGCUAAACCAGAAUUUAGUUUUCUUGAAACUGUACAGAAAUCUCAAGUGGAAGCAAUUCAUAGCAUCGGCGAAGUGAAAGAUAAAACGACAAUUACAUCGCAGGCUACUAUGACUCAAACGACCAUGGAAUCAGUUAUUAAAACAGAAACGAUGACAAGUGAACGAGAAGAUACAUUUGAAGGCAAAUUUAAACCGGAAGAGCAUAAAGGCAUAGCACAGAUGGAAGGUCUUAGUACAGUUACAGUAAUGGAAAUUUUAUCGAAUGAAAUUGAAGAUACUUUGGCAGUUGAUCAAAAGCCAAAGAACAGAAAAGCAUUGCCGAAUAUUACGGGACGAGAAGUAGCCGAGACAAUGGAAGUAGAAACUAUUGUGGGUCCUGAAGAGUUUGAAAAAUUCAAAGGACCUGAGGGUGUUAAAGGCAAACCCCUAAUGGAUACUUUAACGUCUGUUGUUGUCUCACAAACGAUUUCUAAUGAAGUUGAAGAGUUUCUUCCUAGUCCUGAAGUACCGUUACAAAAAAGUAUACAGCCUAAUUUGGACUCUCGAGAGAUCGCGCAAGUCUCUGAAGUUGAAACGAUACUGACUGUUGGAGAUUUUGCUAAAAUGGUAAGUCCAGAAGAGAAGAAAGGCAAACCUGAAGUAGAAGAGUUUGCUCCUUUGACAGUAUCACAAGUAAUAUCGCAUGAGACUGAAGAAGAAAUGCCACGUCCUGAAAAACCAAGUGGACAAAUAGCUCAACCAAGUCUUUUGGGUAGAGAAGUAGCAGAAACUUCUGAAGUAGAAACUUUACUUAGUGCUCAGAAGUUUAUCGAAGACGUGGCUCCAGAGGAAAGAAAAGGAAUUUUUGGUCUCGAAGAAAUGACUUCGUUAAUUGUCUCUCAAACGGUAUCAGGUGAGGUCGAAGAAAUGCUUCCUGGUGAUGAAAAGCCUACUACCAAGACAAUUCAAUUUGACAUUCUUGGUCGUGAUGUUGCUGAAACUUCUCAAGUUUUGACUUUGGCUAGUUUUGAUGAGCUCGAACAUAAGAGACCAGGAGAGCAAAAAGGCAAACCUGGUUUUGAAGAACAUUCAUCUGUUACUGUAUCACAAACUAUUUCUAAUGAGGUCGAAGAAGAAUUAGCUACUCCUGAAGUUCCUUCAAUUAGGAAUGCACAACCUAAUCUUUCGGGUCGAGAAAUAGCUGAGUCUUCUGAAGUGGAGACGCUUCUGAAUGCUGAAAGCCUUGCUAAAGAUAAAAUACCAAAAGAAGAACAAGGUAAGCCAGCUUUGGAAGAAAUGACUUCGUUAAUUGUUUCUCAAACAGUUUCAAAUGAAGCUGAAACAUUGUUACCAAGUGAAGAAGUACCCAGUACAAAGACUGCACAGUCUGAUAUUUUCGGCCAUGAUAUUGCUCAAACUUCUGAAGUUCUUACGAUGUUGAGUACGGGUGAUUUUAUCAGAGAUGCAGCUCCAGAAGAGAAAAAAGGACAACAAAGUCUUGAAGAAAUGACUUCUCUUAUUGUAUCUCAAGCUGUGUCUGGAGAAUCUGAAGAACAACUUCCAGGUCAAGAAAAACCAAGUACUAAGACAGCUCAGCCAGAUAUUUUUGGCCGUGAUGUAGCCGAAACAAUUCAAGUGAUGACUUUGAAUAACUUCGAAGAGCUUAAUGAAGAUAAACCGGUAGAACAAACGAGUAAACCAGGCUUUGAAGAAUUGACUUCACUUACAAUUUCACAAGUUGUUUCAAGCGAAGCUGAAAAAGAAAUGCCAAAUGCCGAAAAACCAACUACAAAGACUGCGCAGCCAGAUAUCAUGGGCUACGAUAUCGCUGAAACAUCUCAAGUGGUGACGAUGUCGAGCACUGGUGACUUCUUGGAAGAUACAGCUCCAGAAGAAAAGAAAGGUCAACCAAGUCUGGAAGAGAUGACUUCUCUUAUUAUUUCUCAAACUGUAUCUGGAGAAUCUGAAGAACAGCUACCGGGUCUGGAAAAACCAAGUACUAAAACAGCUCAACCAGAUAUUAUAGGUCACGAUAUAGCAGAAACAACUCAGGUGAUGACAUUAAAUAACUUUGAAGAAUUUACUGAAGACAAGCCAGUAGAACAAAAGAGUAAACCAGGCUUCGAAGAAUUGACCUCGCUUACAGUUUCACAAGUUGUUUCAAGCGAAGCUGAAAAAGAAAUGCCAAGUGCUGAAAAACCAACUACAAAGACUGCGCAGCCAGAUAUCUUGGGCUAUGAUAUCGCUGAAACAUCUCAAGUAGUAACAAUGUCGAGUACUGGAGAAUUCGUGGAAGAUACAGCUCCAGAAGAAAGGAAAGGUCAACAAAGCCUUGAAGAAAUGACUUCUCUUAUCGUAUCUCAAGCUGUGUCUGGAGAAUCUGAAGAACAACUACCGGGUCUAGAAAAACCAAGUACUAAAACAGCACAACCAGAUAUUACAGGUCACGAUAUAGCGGAAACAUCUCAAGUGAUGACAUUAAAUAACUUUGAAGAACUUACUGAAGACAGGCCUAUAGAACAAAAGAGUAAACCAGGCUUCGAAGAACUGACCUCACUUACAGUUUCACAAGUUGUUUCAAGUGAAGCUGAAAAGGAAAUGCCUACCGCAGAGAAACCUACUACAAAGACUGCUGAGUCAGAUAUUUUAGGUUACGAUAUUGCUGAAACAUCUCAAGUUCUUACAAUGUCGAGUACUGGAGAAUUCGUGAAAGAUACAGCUCCUGAGGAGAAGAGAGGUCAACCAAGUCUCGAAGAGAUGACUUCUCUCAUUGUAUCUCAAGCCAUUUCUGGAGAAUCUGAGGAACAGCUUCCAGGUCAUGAACAACCCAGUACUAAAACCGCUCAGCCUGAUAUCCUUGGUCGCGAUAUUGCAGAAACCUCUCAUGUUAUGACACUAACAAGCUUUGAAGAGUUCACUGAGAAAAAACCGGAAGAACAACGAGGUCAACCUGGUCUCGAAGAGCACUCAUCUAUAAAUGUUUCUCAAGUAGUAUCAAAUGAAGUUGAAGAAGAGUUACCUAGCCCCGAAGUACCAAAAGAAAAGAAAGCUGAACCUAAUUUAUUGGGUAGGGAGAUAGCAGAAUCUACUGAAGUAACGACUCAUUUAACUACGGAAGAUUUUUCAGUGCCACAAGCACCUGAAGGUCAUAAAGGUAAGCCUGGAGUAGAUGAAAUGACAUCUAUUAUCGUCUCUCAGACGAUAUCAAAUGAAACUGAAAAUAUUUUACCAUCAAUGCAAGCACCAUCCGAAGUCACAGCUCAACCUAAUCUCUUUGGCCGUGAAACUGCUGAAACUAUUCAAGUAACUACAGUUUCUAAUGCUCAAGAACUAGUUGCCGAAACUAAUCCCGAAGAACAACGAGUUAAACCUCGUUUAGAUGAAUUCUCUUCAUUGAUUGUAUCAACAGCAUUCACUAAUGAAGGAGAAAUGGCGUUACCAAGUCCCGAAGUUCCAACAGAAAAAACUGCACAGCCAAGUCUUCUUGGUCGUGAAAUUGCAGAGACUAGUCAAGUAUUAACGAUGACUAGUGCACAAGACUUGGCAAGUUCCAAAUUACCGGAGACAGCGAAAGGAGUACCUGGUGUUGAUAUGUUAACAUCUGCUGUCGUUUCUCAAACUGUAUCAAACGAACUUGAAGAACAGCUUCCUGGUCAAGAAGUGCUAAAUGAAAAGACUGCUCAGCCUCAAAUAUCUGGCAGAGAUAUUGCUAUGACUUCACAGGUUAUUACAUUGACUAGUACUGAAGAAUUUAUAAGUUCAAUGAAACCCGAAGGGCAAGAAGGAAUACCGAAUGUUGAAGAAUUCAAAUCAGUUACAGUAUCUCAAGUUAUUUCUAAUGAACUUGAAGAAAAAUUACCGAGUGCCGAAAUUCCUAGUGAAGGUUUAGCGAAGUUUAGUUUGUCCGGCAGAGAAGCCGCUGAGACGAUUCAAAUUACUACUGUUUCAAAUACUCAAGAAUUUGUAAAAGAAAAAGCUCCAGAAGGUCAAGCUGUACGACCAACUCUCGACGAAUUAACUUCUUUGACAGUCAGUCAAGUUGAUACGAAUGAAGUUGAAGAUGUUCUUCCGAGUGUUGAAGCUCCAAUAGAAAAAACAGCACAAACAAACAUCUUUGGUAGGGAAGUAGCAGAAAAAAGCGAAGUCAUAACAGUUACGACUACUGAAAAAUUAAUUGAACAACAAAAGCCCGAAGAACAGCAAGGAAAACCUGAGUUUGAGGGAUUGAGCACGGUAACAGUUUCUGAAGUCGUUUCAAAUGAAGUAGAGAAUAUUCUGCUUGAAAAUGAAAAGCCGAAGAAAUAUACAGCAAUGAAACAAAUGGAUAGUAUUGAAGUUGCCGAGACAACUGAAGUGAUCACAGUUACGUCAACAGAAAAAUUAGAAAAGCAGGCAGUUCCUGAAGAGCAACGAGGCAAACCGAAUCUCGAAGAACUUGUUUCUCUAACAAUAUCUGAAAUAACUCAAGGAGAAACUGAAGAUGUUCUUCCUUCGCCAGACGUUCCAACAAAACAACUAGCAGACUCUAGUCUAAUCAGUCGUCCGGUUGCUGAAAAAUCUCAAGUUCUCACGACUACAACCACUGAAGAGCUUCUCAGUGCGCCGAAACCUGAAGAAAAGAAAGCUGUGCCUGAACAGGUUCCAUUCCAGAUAUUCGAACAAACUAUUCAACAGACUCAAGAAACCGAGUCUACGUUAACAAUCUCAAAAAAAGCUGCAUCAGCUCAGGCUGAAGUAUCAAUAAAAACAUCAAAAAGUGUAGAAGUUACUCAGGUUGUAGCCAAUGAAAAAGAAUCUAAAGAAGUAAUUAAAGGUAUGGCUAGUGAAGUUAAUGCUCAGCCAGACAUUAUGGAGAGCCAGGUAGCCGUGACAUCAGAGAUCUUACCCAAGUCUACUGUUUCUGAGUUUGAUGUCGAUAAACCAGAUAUGAAGACCGCGCGAAAAGUAGAUGAAGAAAAGAGAAGUGUCAUUGUAACAGAUUUCGGAACGUUUGAAGAAUUUGAAUCAGAGUAUCCUGAAUCCAUUAAACCAUUCUCAAAGUCAGCCACAGUUACCUACGAGUCUGACCAUCUGGAGCAAGUUAUUGAAACAACAGAAGCACCAGUCCAUGAUUAUAUACAACCUACAAUACAUGAUACACCCAUACACGAAUACACUACUGAUAGAACACAGCCACAGGUGGAAUCAGAUACUGAAGUUACUGAAGAAUACACGACAACAUUUAGGCGAGGUAGCAGAGACGACAAUACGUCAGCUAUUAAAACAAAGAAAACUAUAAUUAGAAAGAAGAAGCAAUCAGAAGGUGAAAGUGAUAAUGUUGUUGUUAUUGAAGAGGAAUUAGAUGAUAUUAAAUCAAAAUUGCCAUCGAUACCGAAGAAACAAUUUAUGCCGAUUGAAGAAGUCACCGGGGUAUUUGAGACUGACGAAACUAUUCCUUCAGUGAUUGAAGAAAUCGAAGAAAUUCCGGAAGAAACUAACGAUACUGUGGGGACGAUUAAUGUAGUUGAGAUUCAAGAGGAUGACACAAACAAAAAGAUAACAAAGAAGAAAGUUAUAAGAAGAAAUAGAAAAGGUCAAAAACUCAUGACAGAAGAAACAACGGUUGAAGAAGACGGCAAAAGUCCAAUAAUAACUGAAGUACCGAUAUCCUUUGACGAUGAUCUCAGUGAGGUUGAAAAACCGACUGCGAUUAGACCAUACGAACCAGAACAGGAGAAAAAUGAGGAAAAGCCUAAGAAAGCUGAUCAACCAACAGAACGAGAGGAGACUCGGGAAGAAGUUACAAUUACUGAAGAAGUAACCAAAACUGGUAAACCAAGAAAAAUCAUAAAAAAGAAAAUUAUAAGAAAAAGAGGACGAAAACUACAAGUGACAGAAGAGCAGACUAUUGAAGAGGAAGGUAAGGCUCCAAUUACAACUGUUGUUGCAAAACCAGAGGAAGAAAUAGUUCCUGAGGAGACAACAGACAAGAUACCAGAAAUGGAGCGUGUUCGUCCGAUUGAAGAGGUUCGUGAAGAAGUAACAGUUACUCAAGAUACUACCAAGAAUGGUAAGCCAAGAAAAAUCACAAAGAAAAAAAUAAUUCGUAGGAAAGGUCAGAAACAACAAGUCACUGAAGAGCAGAUUAUUGAAGAAGAAGGCGAAGCACCCAUAAAAACAGUAAUUGCAAAACCUGAAGAAGAUUUUGUCCCUGAAGAAUCCACAGGCAGAUUCCCUGCUAUACAAUAUGAACGACCAACUGCGCGCGAAGAGAUUCGUGAAGAAGUAACAGUUACUCAGGAAACCACCAAGACCGGUAAGCCAAGAAAAAUCACAAAGAAGAAAAUCAUUCGAAGGAAAGGUCAAAGAGAGCAAGUUACAGAAGAACAAACGAUUGAGGAAGAAGGUAAAGCGCCAGUUACAACUGUUGUUGCAAAACCAGAAGAAGAAAUAAUUCCUAAGGAGACAACAGAUGUUAUGCCCACAGUAGAGCGGGUUCGUCCGAUUGAGCGUGAAGAGGUUCGUGAGGAAGUAACGGUUACUCAAGAAAUCACCAAAACUGGUAAGCCACGUAAAAUCACGAAGAAAAAAAUCAUUCGAAGAAAAGGUCAAAGAGAGCAAGUGACAGAAGAACAAACAAUUGAAGAGGAAGGUAAGGCUCCAAUAACAACUGUUAUAGCAAAACCAGAGGAAGAAAUAAUUCCUGAGGAGACAACAGACGAGAAACCAGAAAUAGAGCAUGUUCGUCCAAUUGAGCGUGAGGAGGUUCGUGAAGAAGUAACAGUUACUCAGGAAACCACCAAGACUGGUAAGCCAAGAAAAAUCACAAAGAAGAAAAUCAUUCGAAGAAAAGGUCAAAGAGAGCAAGUUACAGAAGAACAAACGAUUGAGGAAGAAGGUAAAGCGCCAGUUACAACUGUUGUUGCAAAACCAGAGGAAGAAAUAAUUCCUGAGGAGACAACAGACGUUAUGCCCACAGUAGAGCGGGUUCGUCCCAUUGAGCGUGAGGAGGAUCGUGAAGAAGUAACAGUUACUCAAGAAACAACCAAGACUGGAAAACCGAGAAAAAUCACUAAGAAGAAAAUCAUUCGAAGAAAAGGUCAAAGAGAGCAAGUUACAGAAGAACAAACAAUUGAAGAGGAAGGUAAGGCUCCAAUAACAACUGUUAUCGCAAAACCAGAGGAAGAAAUAAUUCCUGAGGAGACAACAGACAUUAUUCCAGCAAUAGAGCGUGUGCAGCCUAUUGAACGCGAUGAGGUUCGUGAAGAAGUAACAGUUACGCAAGAAACUACCAAGACUGGUAAGCCACGCAAAAUCACAAAAAAGAAGAUCAUUCGCAGAAAAGGUCAAAGACAGCAAGUUAUAGAAGAACAAACGAUUGAGGAAGAAGGUAAAGCGCCAGUUACAACUGUUGUUGCAAAACCAGAAGAAGAAAUAAUUCCUGAUGAGACAGCGGACAUUAUUCCAGCAAUAGAGCAUGUGCAGCCUAUUGAACGCGAAGAGAUUCGUGAAGAAGUAACAGUUACUCAAGAAACCACCAAGACUGGUAAGCCACGUAAAAUCACCAAAAAGAAGAUCAUUCGCAGAAACGGUCAAAGACAGCAAGUUAUAGAAGAACAAACGAUUGAGGAAGAAGGUAAAGCGCCAGUUACAACUGUUGUUGCAAAACCAGAAGAAGAAAUAAUUCCUGAUGAGACAGCGGACAUUAUUCCAGCAAUAGAGCAUGUGCAGCCUAUUGAACGCGAAGAGAUUCGUGAAGAAGUAACAGUUACUCAAGAAACUACCACGACUGGUAAGCCACGCAAAAUCACAAAAAAGAAGAUCAUUCGCAGAAAAGGUCAAAGACAGCAAGUUACAGAAGAACAAACGAUUGAGGAAGAAGGUAAAGCGCCAGUAACAACUGUUGUUGCAAAACCAGAAGAAGAAAUAAUUCCUGAUGAGACAGCGGACAAUAUUCCAGCAAUAGAGCAUGUGCAGCCUAUUGAACGCGAAGAGAUUCGUGAACAAGUAACAGUUACUCAAGAAACCACCAAGACUGGUAAGCCACGUAAAAUCACAAAAAAGAAGAUCAUUCGCAGAAAAGGUCAACGACAGCAAGUUACAGAAGAACAAACGAUCGAGGAAGAAGGUAAAGCCCCAGUUACAACUGUUGUUGUAAAACCAGAAGAAGAAAUAAUUCCUAAUGAGACAACAGACAUUAUUCCAGCAAUAGAGCGUGUGCAUCCUAUUGAACGCGAAGAGGUUCGUGAAGAAGUAACAGUUACUCAAGAAACUACCAAGACUGGUAAGCCACGCAAAAUCACAAAAAAGAAGAUCAUUCGCAGAAAAGGUCAAAGACAGCAAGUUACAGAAGAACAAACGAUUGAGGAAGAAGGUAAAGCGCCAGUUACAACUGUUGUUGCAAAAGCCGAGGAAAAAAUAAUUCCUGAUGAGACAGCGGACAUUAUUCCAGCAAUAGAGCGUGUGCAGCCUAUUGAACGCGAAGAGAUUCGUGAAGAAGUAACAGUUACUCAAGAAACUACCAAGACUGGUAAGCCACGCAAAAUCACAAAAAAGAAAAUCAUUCGCAGAAAAGGUCAAAGACAGCAAGUUACAGAAGAACAAACGAUUGAGGAAGAAGGUAAAGCGCCAGUUACAACUGUUGUUGCAAAACCAGAAGAAGAAAUAAUUCCUGAUGAGACAGCGGACAAUAUUCCAGCAAUAGAGCAUGUGCAGCCUAUUGAACGCGAAGAGAUUCGUGAACAAGUAACAGUUACUCAAGAAACCACCAAGACUGGUAAGCCACGUAAAAUCACAAAAAAGAAGAUCAUUCGCAGAAAAGGUCAACGACAGCAAGUUACAGAAGAACAAACGAUCGAGGAAGAAGGUAAAGCCCCAGUUACAACUGUUGUUGUAAAACCAGAAGAAGAAAUAAUUCCUAAUGAGACAACAGACAUUAUUCCAGCAAUAGAGCGUGUGCAUCCUAUUGAACGCGAAGAGGUUCGUGAAGAAGUAACAGUUACUCAAGAAACUACCAAGACUGGUAAGCCACGCAAAAUCACAAAAAAGAAGAUCAUUCGCAGAAAAGGUCAAAGACAGCAAGUUACAGAAGAACAAACGAUUGAGGAAGAAGGUAAUGCGCCAGUUACAACUGUUGUUGCAAAAGCCGAGGAAAAAAUAAUUCCUGAUGAGACAGCGGACAUUAUUCCAGCAAUAGAGCGUGUGCAGCCUAUUGAACGCGAAGAGAUUCGUGAAGAAGUAACAGUUACUCAAGAAACUACCAAGACUGGUAAGCCACGCAAAAUCACAAAAAAGAAAAUCAUUCGCAGAAAAGGUCAAAGACAGCAAGUUACAGAAGAACAAACGAUUGAGGAAGAAGGUAAGGCUCCAAUAACAACUGUUAUAGCAAAACGAGAAGAAGAAAUAAUUCCUGAGGAGACAACAGACGUUAUGCCCACAGUAGAGCGGGUUCGUCCCAUUGAGCGUGAGGAGGUUCGUGAAGAAGUAACAGUUACUCAAGAAACCACCAAGACUGGUAAACCGAGAAAAAUCACUAAGAAGAAAAUCAUUCGAAGAAAAGGUCAAAGAGAGCAAGUUACAGAAGAACAAACAAUUGAAGAGGAAGGUAAGGCUCCAAUAACAACUGUCAUAGCAAAACCAGAGGAAGAAACAAUUCCUGAGGAGACGGCGGACGUUAUUCCAGCAAUUGAGCGUGUUCGUCCAACUGAGCGUGAAGAGGUUCGUGAAGAAGUAACAGUUACUCAAGAAACCACCAAGACUGGAAAACCUAAAAAGGUAACAAAGAGAAGGAUUAUUCGGAAAACGGGUCAAAAACAACAAGUGUCAGAGGAGCAGACUAUCGAAGAGGAAGGUAAAGCUCCGAUAAAAACUGUAAUUUCAAAACCCGAAGAAGAUGUUGUGUUCGAAGAGACUACGGAGAUCAUACCUAUAAUUGAAUACGUUAAGCCAACUGAUCGUGAGGAAAUCCGUGAAGAAGUUACAGUUACCGAAGAAGUAACGAGAACAGGAACACCAAUGAAAGUAACUAAGAAAAAAACUAUUCGAAAAAAGGGCAAUAAACAACAGGUGACAGAAGAGCAAACGGUCGAAGAAGAAGGAAAACCACCACUUAAAAUAAUUCUUGUUAAACCAGAAGAAAAUAUUUUGCAUGAAGAUGCAAUAACUCUUUUACCGGUAUUGGAAUAUGACCAAGCAACCGAGGGCAAAGAAGUGCGAGAAGAGGUAAUUAUAACAGAAGUAAAGAGUAUGACUGGCAAACCACGAAAAAUCACGAAGAAAACGAUCUUUCACAAAAAAGGUGAAAAACCAAUUGUCACAGUUGAGCAAACUAUUGAAGAGGAAGGUAAACUACCAAUAGUUAAUUCAAUAACAAAAUCAUUAGAAAACGUUGCACUUGAAGAAAGUUCAAAACCUUUAUUAGCCAUUGAUUAUGAAAAACCUAUCGAAAGCGUAGAACAACAAGAAAUCAUAACAGUUACUCAAGAAAUCUCCAAGUCUGGUAAGCCUCGCAAAGUUAUUAAGAAAAAAAUAAUACGCAAACAAGGAAACAAGCAACAAGUUACAGUUGAAAAGACCAUUGAAGAAGAAGGUAAAUCCCCUCUAACAAAAGUUAUCGUGGAACCUGAAGAGGAAGUCGUAUUCGAUGAAACGACUGGACCACUUCCUGGUACACUUGAUGAAUCUACUGAAAAAGCAGAAGUUCGUGAAGUAGUCACAAUCGUUGAAGAUACGACUCAAACCGGCAAACCUCGACGAGUCGUUAAAAAAAAAGUAAUACGUAGAAAGGGUAUGAAACAACAAGUUACCGAAGAACGAACGAUUGAAGAAGAAGGUAAAGCUUCUGUAACAAGAGUAAUUGCUCAACCAGAAGAAGAAAUUAUUCUGGAUGAGACUACUGAAUCUCUUCCAGCCGUUGCUUUUGCGAGACUCGCUCAUCCAGAUGAAGUACGAGAGGAAGUGACUAUCACUCAAGAUACUACAGGAGAAGGCAAACCUCGUAAAGUUACUACAAAGAAAAUUAUUCGGCGUCGAGGUAAAAAGCAACAAGUUACUGAGGAAAAAAUGAUUGAAGAAGAAGGCAAAGCUCCGGUAGUUGCAGUCAUAAAAAAACUAGAAGAAGAAAUGAUUCCAGAUGAAACUUCUGAGCCUCUACCCGAUGAAACAUGUUGUACUGUCACUGUUACUGAAGAAAAAAGUCCUAAAGGUCAUUCAGUUAGUAUAACAAAUAAGAGAAUUGUUCGUAAACGUGGUAAAAGCCAACAAGUUGUUGUAGAAAAAACAACUAAAGAGGAAGGCAAACCUCCAAUAACAGAAGUUAUAACACUACCCGAAGAAGAGAUUAUUUCUGAUGCAAUUAUACAGCCACUAUCUGUUCCUCAAUUCGGUGUGCUGUUAGACAGUGAAGAAGUUCGGGAAAUAGUUACUGUUACCCAAGAAACUUCAAAGAUCGGCAAACCCCGUAAAGUCAUUAAGAAAAAGACAAUCCGCAAGAAGGGCAAGAAACAACAAGUCACUGAAGAACAAACGAUCGAAGAAGAUGGUAAAGCUCCAGUAAUCACAACAAUCGUUCAACCGGAAGAAGAAAUUAUUUUGGAAGAAGUUACAAAGCCAAUGCCACUUUCAGUUCAUGACAAACUUAUUGACAUUAUAGAAACUUCAGAAGUUUCAGCAGAAAUUCCGGUAACCGAAAUUAUUAUUACAGAACAACCUAAAAAAAUUAAGAAAAAAAAGGUUCCAAAGAAAAACGAAACUGUUGAAGAUCAAGCUUUAGCGCCUGCCGAUGUUGAGAUAGUAGAACAUGACGAAUCCCCUCAAGAAACUACAGAAAUUUUACCAGAAAAAACACAUGAAAUAGUUACAGUAACUCACCAAAAAACAACUAAAGGCAAGCCUGUUAAAGUCACCAAGAAAAAAAUUAUUCGCAAGAAAGGUAAUAAGCAACAGGUAAUAGAAGAAAAAAUAAUUGAAGAAAAAGAUAAAGCUCCUGUGACCAAAUUUAUUGUUGAACCGGAAGAAGAAAUUAUCUAUGAUCGUACAACUGAACUGAUUCCUACUUCAGAAACAGCCGAACCAGUAGAAAAUGAAGAAAUCCAAGAAAUAAUGUCAGUUUCUAUCGAAACUGCAGAUACCGGUAAGCCAAGAAAGAUCACGAAGAAAAAAGUAAUUCGUAAGAAGGGUAAGAAACAACAGGUUACCGUAGAAAAAGUGAUUGAAGAAGAAGGAAAAGCUCCAGUGAGAGAAUCUACUGUUGAACCUGAGGAGGAAAUAAUUUCUGAAGAUUUUGCUGCACCACUGCCAGUUUUUGCCCAUGAAAUUUCAACAGAAAAAGAAGAAAUUCAUGAAGUGGUUACAGUUACAACAGAAUGGACUAAAUUUGGUAAGCCCAAGAAGAUAACAGAGAAAAGAACAAUACGUAAGAAAGGUAAGAAGCAACAAAUUACUGAAGAAAAAACUGUCGAACAGAAAGGAAAAUCACCGGUGAAAACAGUUACUGUUUUACCAGAAGAAGAAAUUAUUUCUGAAGAAAGUACUUUACCAUUGUCUACUACCGUGCAUGUCCGGCCUUCUGAUCGUGAAGAAGUCCGCCAAGAAGUCACUGUUUCAGAAGUAACUACUGAAGAAGGCAAGCCUCGUAAAAUAACUAGGAAGAGAGUUAUCACUAAAAGAGGUAAAAGAAUUCAAACUUCAGAAGAAAGAGUUAUUGAAGAAGAAGGUAAAGCUCCAGUAUCUGACGUUAUUACCGGUCCAGUUGAGGAAAUAAUUUCUGAUGAAACUCUUGAACCGCUUGCUUUUAUCGAAUUUGAACAACCUAUCACGAUUGAAGAAAUUGAAGAACCUGUUACAGUUACUGAAGAAGUAGUUCUUGAGGAUAAGACUAAUGAAAGUCCGAAGAAAAAAGAUAAGAAACGUCCGAAGGCUGAUAGAAAACCAAUUGAAGUUUCAGAAUCAAUUAUUCCGUCAGAUGAAAUUCCGGAAGAAAUUGAUUCAGGUGUAGAAUCUGUUGAAGCAACUGAGAGCGAAGAAACACGAGAGCUCGUAACAAUUGUUGAAGAAACAACAAUGACUGGAAAGCCUCGGCGUGUUAUCAAGAAAAAAAUAAUCCGUAAGAAAGGUAAAAAACAACAGAUAACAGAAGAAAAAACUAUUGAAGAGGACGGAAAAGUUCCAGUUACAGAAAUAGUUGAACAACCAGUAGAGGAAAUUGUGUUAGAAACUAUUGAAACUCUUUCCGAAGAAAAUAUACAGCCGAUCGAAGAAGAAAUUUAUGAAGUCGUUACAGUCUCCGAAGAAACAACAAAGCGAGGCAGACCUAAAAAAGUAACUAAGAAGAUAAUAAUUAAGAAAAAAGGUGCAAAACAGCAGGUAACUGAAAAGCAAAUUAUUGAAGAAGAAGGCAAGGCUCCAGUGACAGAAAUUACUGUUCAACCAGAAGAAGAAAUUAUCUCUGAUGAAACAACUCAAUUACUUCCUGAUAUUGAUUAUAGUAAACCAACUGAAAUCGAAGAAAUACGCGAAAUAGUAACAGUUACUGAAGAAACGACUAAAACAGGUAAACCUAGAAAAGUUAUUAAGAAAAAAACUAUCCGUAAGAAGGGUCAAAAACAACAAAUAACUGCGGAAACAAUAACUGAGGAAGAAGGCAAAGCUCCAACAGUGACAGUAGAAACACAACCGGAAGAAGAAAUAAUCUCGGAAAUAGUAACUAUGCCGAUGCCUGAAGAAAUCUCUCAAAUUAUUUCUGUCAUUGACGAUGUAACUCCUGAAGGUAAACCUCGGCGAGUCAUUAAGAAAAAGAGAAUUCGUAAGAAAGGCAAUAAACAACAAAUUAUUGAGGAAAAGACGGUUGAAGAAGAAGGACAAACCCCUGUUACUGAAGUCACUGUUGAACCGGUGGAAGAAAUCGUUGUUGAUGAAACUUUUGAAGCUCCUCGAACUGAAAAAUCUAAAAAACUGAAAUCAAAAAAGAAGCCUACAGAAGAAAAGAAGAUUCCAGAAGACAUCAAAACAUUAAAAGAUCAAUUAAAACCACUGAAAAUGAAGGUUGAAGUACAGGAUUCGAAGCCAACGAAACUAGAGAUUACUUCUCCACAACCAUUAUUUGCAAAAUUAAAAUUAAGAAAAGCUCCGAUUCUCAAAUCAAAAGAUAAGAAAGAUAAGUUCCCGAAAAUUCUUCUUCGCAGUAGGAUCAACUUCUUUGACUACCCCCCGUUGUUGCAGCAUCCAAAAAUUACUUUGUUAAAGCCACAGUUUGUUCAAACUGGUGUGCUGUCACGAAACAUUGAGGAAGCUAUUAAACUUAAAAAGAAGAAGAUGAAAAAAUUCAAGCCACAUGAUUACGAUCAGGAAGCACUCGAAAAAUUAGAUCUUGAAUUCGAUGAAUCAAAGAAGCCUCUUGAACAGCCAGAGAAUUUGGAGCCUUAUAAACGUAAACCUAAAUCUGAUAAGCCUGAAAAACAACCAUCAGAGAAAUUGAAAAUGGGGAAAGGCAAGCCACGACCUGAGAAUGAAGAGCAAGAAAGCGUUACGUUGAAGAAAAUUCCGAAAAAAGAUGGCAAAGAGGAAGUUGAAGUGAAAGUUAAACCUGAAGAUAAAAGGAAACGUAGCGAAAGUAAACAACCUACUGAAGAAACAGGAAGUCCAAAAGAUCUUGAAUUCAAGCCUUAUGAUAUUGAACCAUCUAGAGCAGAUUUAGAAAAGAGAGAACCACUUGAAGAGGAAGAAAUUCCAGGAACUUCUUCUGCAAAAGACGAUAAGAGAAAACCAAAACGUAAACCUAAAAAACCUGAUCAAGAAUCUGAAAAGAUUGACAUUGUCCCAGGCAAACCGAAGCCUCAAGAUGAAGAAAAUAUUCCUGACUUAAAAUUGAAAUACAAACAAGGUCCUAAACCUGAAGACCAACCUGAAAAAAUUGCAUUGAAACCUUGGAAAAAAUCGAAAACAUCAGAAGAUGAAAAGAAACCAGUUGACGACGGUUUGACAUUUACGCCAUAUGAUCAAAAACAUGAAGAAGUUCCUGAUGAAAUUGAAACAGUAACAACUCAGGAGAUUGUAGAUACUCCUUCGAUGAAGCCAAAGAAAAUUACUAAAAAACGUAUUACAAAAAAGAAAGGCAAGCAGCAGCAGGUCACUGAGGUAACUACAGUUGAAGAAGAAGGAAAAAUACCCGUUUGUUCCAUUACUGAGUAUCCUGUUGAGGAAGUGAUAUUUGAUGAAAUAACUCCUGUUGAAUCAGAAGCGUUGGUUCCUACAGUCCAUGACGAAGUUCGUGAACAAGUGACAGUUUCUGAGAUCACAACUGAAGAGGGUACGCCACAGAAAGUAACAAAAAAACGUACAGUGAAACGGCGUGGUAAGAAACAGCAGGUUGUUGAAGAGAAAAUAAUUGAAGAAGAAGGUAAACAACCAAUUACUCUACUCACGGAAACAAUCAAUGAGGAAGUUAUUGGUGAAGAUACUUAUCAAACUAUUGAUGCUGUCGAAGAACUAACACCAAUCGUAACUGAAGAAACUACUGAACAAGUUACGGUAACUGAAAUAAUUUCUGCUGGAGGUGUUCCUCAAAAAGUAACUAAAAAGAAGACAACAAAGAAAAAGGGUACCAAGCAAAAUGUGAGAGAAGAAGUGACUAUUGAGGAAGUUGAUAAGACCCCAAGGUUAAAAAUAACUGAAACAAUACUAGAAGACGUUUCAAGUUUGCCUGACGAAGAAAGAAUUGAACCGAAAGUUAUUGAAGAUGUUACUGAUGAUGUACAAGUCACGGAGACUGUAACAAAGAAAGGAAAGCCUAAGAAAUUCACAAAGAAGAAGACAGUAAAGAGAAGAGGAUCUGUGAAAGAAGUUUUUGAACAAAUUGUGGUCGAAGAACAAGGUAAAGCUCCAGUGACUUUAAUGAUCGGAGAACCUACUGAAGAAACUGUUAGUGAUGAAGAAGCUAUUGAAUUUUUGACUACACUUGAAGGACCAGUUCCAGUUGAAGAGAUAUUGGAACAAGUCAUUGUCUCAGAAGAAAUAACGACAAAAGGUAAACCGAAGACGACAGUUACGAAACGUAUCACUAAAAAAGCUGGAAAGAAACAACAGGUUAUUGAAACGAGUGUUAUUGAAGAGGAAGGCAAAGCGCCUGUGACGAACGUAAUAGAAGAACCUGUAGAAGAAAUUCUGGUUGAUGAAGUUACCCAAAUAUUACCAUCUACUGAAGAAGUAGUGCCUUCUGAAGUUGAAGAAGUAAAGGAACAAGUUAUUGUUAGUGAAGAGAUUACUGACGAGGGAAUACCAAAGAAGAUUAUUAAGAAACGAAUAACCAAACGAAAGGGUAGAAAACAGAAAGUUAUUGAAGAAAUCACAACCAAAGAAGGCGAUCAAUCUCCUGUGGUAGAAACUAUUGAACAUCCAGAUGAAGAAGUUAUAUUUGAAGAGACAAUGAAACCGUUUGAAGAUGACAGAGAUGAAUAUAAAGUGGAUAUAAUUCCAAUUACUGAAACAAAAGUAGUUGAGGAAAUUAGUUCAUUUGGUAAGCCUAAAAAGACAACCAAGAAACGAAAAGUUGUGAAAAAACCAGAUGAAGAGGCAAAAAUUAUUGAAGAAACUACAAUCGAAGAAGAAGGAAAAGCUCCGAUUCAAAUUAUCGAAGAAAUACCUAUAGAGGAAAUUGAAAAGGAGAAGUUGAAAAAACCGAAGAAACCGAAAAAACUAAAAACUAUGACAUCAGAAAAGGUUGAAGAUUUAGAGACUUUGAAGGAAGAAUUAAAGCCUCAGUUACUUAAACGCGUUGAUAAGAAUAAAUUACAGAAACCGAAGAUUGAAGAACCUGAAAAACCACAGUUCGGCUUAAUAAAGUUAAAGAAAGCUCCUGUUGUUAAGCGAAAAGAUGGUAAAAAAGAUAAAUUUCCGAAAAUUCUGCUUCGUAGUCGAAUACAGUUCUUGGAAUGGCCACCGAGUGAGAGAACGCCAAAAAUCAGUUUCAUAGAACCAAAUGAAGUUAAGAAUGGAAUUCUAUCUCACAAUAUUGAAGAAGCUUUGAAGUUAAAGAAACCUAAACGGAAGAAGGGAAAAUCUCAAGAUGUUGAUGAAACGGUAUUGGAAAAACUUGAUACUGAGUUUGAAGAAUUAAAGAAAGUUCCUUUGGAAGUAGUUGAAGAUAAAUCGAGUUACCAACGAAAACCUAAAAAAGAGAAGCCUGAAGCUGAAGAAGUCAAGAAAUUAAAGAUGGGUAAAGGAAACGUACCUAAAGAUGAAGAAGAUCGCGAACAAGUGAGUCUCAAAAAGAUUCCAAAGAAAGUUGAUGAAAAGGCUGAAGAAGAAAAACCGGAAAUUCCAAAAAAGCAAAAGAAAGAGAAAAAAGAAGGUAUUCCUAAAGAUGAAGAUCAACCAGAUUUUCUUUCAUUUAAACCUCAUGAAAUCGAUCACGAGAAGCCAGAAUUAGAGGAUCGAGAGGUACCGGUUGAAGUAGAUAACGAAGAAUCGAUCCCAGAAGAAGAUAUAAAGAAAAAACCUAAAAGGAGUACAAAAAAACCUGUCCAAGAAGUAGAAAAAAUUGAAAUUAAACCUGGUGUUCCUAAGGAAGAUCAACCUGACGAGAGUCCAAACAUAAAUCGAAAACCUAAACAAGGACCUAAGCCUGAAGAACAGCAGACAGAAAUAAAACUCAAGCCUUGGAAAAAACCAAAAGAUGAAGAAACAGAAGAAGAAAGGCCAGAUGAUGAAAUCGAAUUCAUUCCAACCGAUAUUGUUAAUACCGUUAUUACGGAAGAAAUAGAACAAGUUUCUGGCAAAAAACCUAAAAAGAUAACAAAGAAAAAAAUUAUUCGAAUAAAGAAGGACAAGAAACCUGAAAUUACUGAAGAAGUAACAGUUGAAGAGGAAGGGGAAGCACCAGUUGUAACAGUUUCAUCUAUUUCUAGUGAAGAAAAAAUUCCGGAAGAAAUUACUAUAGACUUCAAAGUUACUGACCAGCAAGUUCAGCCGAUAGUUGUUGAAGAGACACGUGAGGAAGUAGAAGUAACUGAAGUUGUUUCAGAAGAAGGUAAGCCAAAAAAACUAACCAAGAAACGCAAAACAACUAAAAAAGGGGAUCAAGCAAAGGUUGUUGAAGAAGUGCUCGUUGAAGAAGAAGGCAAAGAACCUGAACAAACAGUCAUCGAGUAUGAUCUUCCUAAAGAUAAAACUGAAGUAACAAAAUUGCUUAAGAAAAAAUCGAAAAAACCAUUGAAACCUGAUGAAGUACCGACUGAAGAAGUGAAAGAUGCAGAGAAACCCGUGCUGCAUAAAAUAAAAAGAGGAAAUCAGAAGCCUACGACUCUGGAAAUAAAAGAACCUGAAGUCCCUUUGUUUGCUCAGGUUAAGUUAAAGAAAGCACAACCUGUUCGCAAACCCAAAGAAGAAGUCAAGAAAGAUAAAUUUCCAAAAAUUUUAUUGCGAAGCAGAAUUACAGAUCAUGAGUGGCCACCAACUAUCAGAUAUCCAACAUUAUCGACUAUUGAACCCAAUUACGUUCAAUCUGGAAUUCUUUCUCGUAAUAUAGAAGAAGCUUUGAAAAUAAAAAAAAGUAAACGUAAAAUGCCUAAGCAGAGUGAUAAGGAAUUGGUAGAUUUAGAAAAACUGGAUAAGGAAUUCGAGGAAAUCAAAAAAGUUCCGUUGGAAAAAGUUGAAGAUACAGUGCCAUAUGAAAGGAAACCAAAGCCUGAAAAACCUAAACCUGAAGUGCCUGAAAAAUUGAAGAUCGGUAAAGGAAAAGUAAAACCAAAAGAAGAAGAAGAAGAACCAGAAAAGGUUCAGUUAAAAAAGAUACCGGAAAAAAAACCCACAGAACAAAAAGAAGAUAAACCCGAAAAGAAAAAGAAAUCUCCUGAGGAUAAAGUAAAACAACUGAAAGAUGGAAAAACGUAUCCUGAGCUUUCACCUUUUGAGCCUUAUGACAUUCCUGACAGUACUGUUGAACUUGAAGAAUUGGAAAAACCAGAACUCGAAGAUGGAGACAAACCAGACGAUGGUAAACCUGAGAAAAAACCAAGAAAACAGAAAAAAACGAAACCAACACCAGAAAUCGAAUCUAUUCCAAUAGUUCCUGGCGUUCCUAAGCCUCAACCAGAAGAGGAUCAUCCUGAUGUCAAAUUUAGAAUUCCUGAAAAACCGAAACCUGACGAGAAGCCAGAAGAAGUAAAGCUUGAACCCUGGAAAAAACCUGACGAUAAACCUGAAGAAGAAAAAGAUCAAGAUGAUACAAUUAAAUUUGUCCCACGUGACACUGAAGAAGUGAUUCAAACAGUCGUUACCGAAGAAAUAGAUAAAGUUCCAGGUAAAAAACCAAAGAAGAUUACGAAGAAAAGGAUCACUAAAAAACGUGGCAAUGAAAAGCCCGUCGUAACUGAAGAAGUCACGCUCGAAGAAGAAGAUGAGCUUCCGGUGACAACCGUUACCUUCGAAGAUAUUCCUGAAGACCAGCUUGAAGAUCUCCAACUCAAGAUACUCGACAAACCGGAAACACCGACACCUAAAAUUGUCGAAGAAAUUUGUGAAGAAGUGACAGUUACCACUGUCCAAACUGAAGAAGGUAAACCGAAGAAAAUUCGGCGUAAGAAGAUAACUAGAAAAAUUGGUGACGAAGAGAAAGUUACUGAAGUAGUAACUGUCGAAGAGGAUGGUAAAAAACCGGUAACAAGUAUAACUGAAACAUUCGAAGACACGACACAAGUACACACAAAACCUAAACACAAACAGCCCACAAAACCAAACGAUGUCAAGUCGAGUCCAGAAGGUAUCACCGAGGAGUCUAUCAUAGAGGAUCUUAUCGAGGAAGUAGAAGACAAGGAAAAGAAGACUAAAAUGAUAAAGAAGAAACCGAAGACAUCAGAGACCGAGGUGACUGAAGAGACGGUUGAGGAUAUUUCAGUCGACAAACCAAAGAAAGUUAAAGCUAAACCUGUUGAGGAGGAAGAGGAAGAAGUUAAAAUCACCGAGGUCGACGUAAAGAAAGCACCGAAAGAAAAAAGACGUAAAUCUAAAGAAGUUACGGUCGAAGAGGAAAUUAUUGAAAUAGUUGAGACACCAACGCAAAUAGUUACCAAGAAGAAAAAACCAGCUAAAAAAGGAAAAUCGGAAGAAAUAGUCACUGAAGUUGUUGAAAAAGCUAAAGAAGAGUCAGUUUUCAUGGAAGAACAGCAGAUUGUUGAAAUUACUGAAACGCCGGAGAAAAAAAUUAUCAAGAGAAGAACUUCCGUAAUUCGAGAUGAUGGAGUUCCUGAAGAAGUUAUUGAGGAAAUUGUUAUACCCAAACCUAAGAAAGAAAAGGCUACGCCGAUUGUUGAAGAACUCGAUACUGCUAAAAUCACCGGAGUUGAAGUGAGACAAGGACCGGAAGAAAUUGUUGAAGAAGAAAUUAUAGAAACUGUUGAGACACCUACUCAGAGAACUAUUAAGAGGAAAAAGAAAGCAACUAAGGAACAGGCUGAAGAAGUCGUGGAAAAAGUAAUCGCUAAAUCAGUUGAAGAGCAGAAAAUUAUGGAAGAACAGCAGAUUGUUGAAAUCACUGAGACACCGACUAAAACAGUAAUCAGAAGAAAGUCAAUUGUUAUACGUGAUGACCAAGUUCCUGAAGAAGUUAUCGAGGAAAUAGUUCUCAGAAAACCGCAAUUAGAAAAGGCUCAACCUCGAGUUGAAGAGUUAGAUACAGCUCAAGUAACAAAACCUAAAGUUCUAAAGCUUCCUGUUAAGAAGGAAAUUGAUCAAGCUACAAAAGAGACAACUGAAGAAAUAACAUUAAAGAAACCGACGAAAGAAAAAGCUAAACCCGUUGUCGAAGAAUUGGAAACAGUCAAAAUAAGUGAAGUUGAAGUACUAGAAAUUGUGGAAACACCAAAGACGCGAGUUACGAAGAAACGAAAACCAGCCAAGGAGGAUAAACCUGAGGAACUUAUCGAAGAAACGGUUCACAAACUGGAUGAAGAAGCCACUCUUAUGGAAGAACAAAAAAUUGUGGAAGUCAAAGAAACACCAACUAAGACGAUAAUAAGACGUAAAUCCAUAACUAUUAAAGAUGGAGUUCCUGAGGAAACUAUUGAAGAGAUUGUAUUGCAUAAACCCAAGAAAGAAAGGGCUCAUUCGAUUGUCGACGAACUUGGCACUGUAACUAUUAGAGAAGUUGACGUUCAUGAGGGUCCAGUUGAAGAAACUGUCAUCGAGACUGUCGAAACUCCAUCAAAGGUAGUUGUUACGAAGAAGAGGAAGUCUAUCAAAGAAGAUAAGCCAGAGGAAAUUGUUCAAGAAGUUAUUGUCAAAACGAAGAAAGAAAAGAAAGUCAUGGAAGAUCAAAAGAUUGUUGAAAUCACUGAAACUCCCGAAAAGAAAAUUAUUAAACGAAAAACAUCAAUUGUGCGAGAUGAUGGUGUCCCUGAAGAAAAAAUUGAAGAAAUAGUUAUUCACAAACCAACGAAAGAAACGGCUGUUCCCAUUGUUGAGGAACUCGAGAUGGCAAGAAUCAUGGAAACUGAAGUUCUUCAGGGCCCAGUGGAAGAAGAAGUGACUGUUAUUGUUGAGACUCCGACUAAGAGAAUUGUUAAGACUAAGCAACCAGCAAAGAAAGAUAAACCAGUAAAAGUUUUUGAAGAAAUAACUAUGAAACCCGUAGAAGAAACUACUUUCAUGGAGGAGCAGCAGAUUAUUGAAAUCACAGAAACCCCAACUAAAAAAAUAAUCAAGAGAAAGAUUCCAGUGGUUAAAGAAGACCAUACUUUAGAAGAAAUAAUCGAAGAAAUUGUUGUGUUAAAACCAACUGAAGUAAGAGCAAGAUCGAUUAUUGACGAACUUGGGUCUGCAAUAAUUACUGAAGCUGAAGUGAUCGAAGUAAUUGAAACUCCACAAACGAGAACAUUCAAGAGAAGAAAGUCAUCUGUUAAAGACAAGACUGAAAAAGUAGUUGAAGAGGUGACGAUGAAACCCACAGAAGAAACAACGUUCAUGGAAGAACAACAAAUUGUAGAAAUUACUGAAACUCCAGAAAAGACUAUCAUCAAGCGAAAGGUUGCUGUUACGAAAGAUGACCAAACACCUGAAGAGACGAUCGAAGAAAUUGUGCUUCUGAAACCGAAGAAAGAAAAAGCUAAAACGGUAGUUGAAGAACUUGAAACGGCUCAGGUGAGUGAAGUUGAGAUACUGGAGAUUGUUGAAACACCGAAAACUCGAGUGACAAAGAUAAAGAAGCCAGCUAAAGAAGACAAACCUGAAGAAGUCGUAGAAGAGAUUGUUCAUAAACCGGAAGAAGAAGCAACGUUGAUGGAAGAUCAACAGAUCGUUGAAGUUAAAGAGACUCCAACAAAAACUAUUAUCAGACGUAAGUCUAUUACAAUCAAAGAUGGAGUUCCGGAAGAAACUAUUGAGAAUAUUGUCUUGCACAAGCCGAAGAAAGAACGUGCUCAUUCGAUCGUUGAUGAACUUGGGACCGUUACUAUUUCAGUCACAGAUGUUCAUGAAGGUCCUGUGGAGGAAACGGUAAUUGAGACUGUUGAGACACCGGAGAAAAUCAUUGUGAAAAAGAGAAGAAAGUCUUUCAAAGAAGAUAAACCUGAAGAAAUUGUCGAAGAAGUAACUAUAAAACCAGUGGAAGAGAAAAAGAUUAUGGAAGAACAAAAGAUUGUAGAAGUAGUAGAAACGGCUAAGAAGAAGGUUAUUAAAAAAAUGAAGGCAGUAGUAAAUGAAGAUGGCACUCCGGAAGAAGUCAUUGAAGAAAUUGUUAUCCAUAAGCCCCAAAAGGUAAAAGCAACCAAAGACAUUGUGCCUAUUGAAAGUGUUGAAGUUAGUCAAAUUAUCAUUCAAGAAGUUCCUGCAGAAUUUGAAAAAGGAAAGAAACCACAGGAUGAUAAAGCUGCUCCUGUUGAAGAUAAACCUGAAGAAGUCAAAGUUAGCAAAGUUACAGUCAAAAAAGCUCCAAAGAAACCAGAAGAAUCUAAAACGGGAGAGGUUGAGAAAAUUGAAGAACAAGUAGAAGAAGUCAAGCCAGAAAAACCUAAAAAGAAAAAGGCAGAAAAAGUUAUCACGCCCAAAGAAGGCAUUGAAACAACUGAAGUCGUUACUGGUGUCACAACUGAAGAAAUACCUGAAGAAGAAAAACCUAAAGAAGAAGCAGCUGCUGAAAUAACUCCUGAGGAGGCAGAAAAGCCAAAGAUCACGGAAGUACCUGUUAGUAAAGCCAAAGAAAAACCACAGGAGGCUGUAGUCGAAGAAAUUACAGAACAAGUUGAGGAAGUUAAGCCAGAAAAACCGAAAAAGAAAAAGAAAACUGAGAAAACAGUUACUUUCAAUGAAAAUCUUGUCACAACUGAAAUUAUUCCCUCACGGAGAGCUGAUGAAUUUCCCGAAGAAAAACCUGAGGAAAAGCAAGCAAUACAGGUUACAGAAGAGAAGGAAAAAGUUGAUGUUGCUGAAGUUACUGUGAAGAAAGUUCCGAAAAAAAAGAAGCCGGUCGAAGACAAACCCGAAGAAAAACCAGUAGAAAAGGUAGAUGAAGUACCAAAAGCUCCGGAAGAAAAAGUAAAUGGUCAUGUGCCUGAAGAAGUUGUGGCUGAAGAGAAACCGGAAGAGAUAACUACGGAGGAAAUUAAAGAAAAGAAAGUAAAGAAGACUAAGAAAAAGAAACCAGCUAAAAAAGCAGAUUGGGAAGAGUGGGUUGAGCCUGAAUAUGAACGUCCCGUUUUGGAACCGAUGCCAGAAAAAAUUGAAUGGGAGCCUACAAAGAAGAAGGAACAAAAGGCAGUUCCGGAGAAAAUUGAAAAACUUACUCCACAAAAGAUCGAGAAAGUUACGGCUCAUAAAGCAACAAAAUUACAAUUUACGGAUUCUAAGGAAGAGGUUCAGUUUGCAACGAUUAAAUUAAAGAAAGCACAAACAAUUAAGAAGAAAGAAGCACCAAAAGUAGAAUUGCCGAAAUUUAUGUUAAAAAGUCGUAUUGUAUUCCAUGGAGAAUACCCUCCGGAAAUACAGUACCCCUCAAUCACCGAAAUUGAACCGAAUCCUGUGCAAUCUGGAAUUCUUUCACGAAACAUUGAAGAAGGGCUGAAAGUCAUUAAGAAGAAGAUGAAAAAGAUCAAGUUACCGGAAAAAGAAUUAGUCGAGCUAGAAAAAUUAGAUAAAGAAUUUGAAGAGCUGAAAAAAGUUCCACUUGAAAAAAUUGAAGACAAGUCUAUUUAUGAGAGACCAGCGAAAAAACCUAAGGAAGAAGAAGAACAACCUAAACCUUUGGUUAUUGGCAAAGGUAAAGUUCCUGAAAAACCAGAGGAAGUUCCAGAAGAUAUUAAAUUGAAAAAAAUACCUGAAAAGAAGCCAGAAGAAGUCGAAGAGAAACCGAAAAAACCUAAAAAAGCAGAACCGGAAGAAAAACCUAAGGAAAAGAAAGAGCGGAAACCAUCGAUAAAAUUGGAGCAUGAAGACUUUAAACCAACAGAUUUUGAAAGACCUGAGUUAGAGAAAUAUGUUCCGGAGGAGGAAGAACGACCAGAAGAACCAGUGCCUGAAGUUGAAGUGAAACCACCACCUAAGAAGCCUAGAAAGAAACCAGAUCAAGAAAUUGAACAAGUACCUAUUGUUCCUGGUAUACCAAAACCACCUGAACCCGAAGAACAACCUGAAGUCAAGUUCCGUAUUCCUGAACGUCCAAAACCAGAAGAAGAACCAGAAAAAAUUACUCUCAAAGGCUGGAAGAAGGGUGAACCUGAGGAAGAAGGUGUUGAAAAAUUCCCUGAAUUAGAAAUUAAACCGGUACCAAGUGUGCCAAAAGAGGAAGAAGAGGAACAAGAAAAAAUACCUGAGAAAGAAAAACCUAAAAAGAAAAAGAAGAAGCCGGUAAAGAAAGAAAAAGAAGCGUGGGAAGAAUGGGUUGAACCUGAAUAUGAGCGUCCUGUUUUGGAACCGAUGCCUGAGAAAAUUGAUUGGACACCAACUAAAAAGAAAAAGGAAGAAAUUUCAGAAGAAGUACCUAAGAAACUUGAAGAGACUAAGGUACCUGAAGACGACAAAGAAGAAGAAGUUACGGUGAAGAAACCUGUUCCUAAGAAAGAGGAAGAAGCACCGGAGGAAACUUUGGUUAUUAAGAAAAAGCCUAAGAAAGAACCUGAAGAGGCUCCAGCUGAAAUCACAAUCACAAAACCUAAAGAAGAAGAAAAGGUCGAAGUUGUAGAAGAGAUCACUGAAGAAGUUGUGAUCAAGAAAAAACCAAAGAAAAAGCCGUCUGUUGAAGAGGUUCCCGAAGACAUUGUUAUCAAGAAACCCCUUCCCGAAGAAAAACCGGUAGAAGAAGUUAGUGAGGAAGUAACUAUUCCAAAGAAACCAGAAGAAAAACCGGAAGAAGCAGCAGCUGAAAUCGUCAUUGAAAAACCUGUUCCCGAAGAAGUUGAAAAAGUAGUAGAAGAAGUUACAGAAGAGGUUACUAUUAAAAAGAAAAAGAAGAAGAAGCCAGCUAAAAAAGCAGAUUGGGAGGAAUGGGUUGAGCCUGAAUAUGAACGACCGGUGUUGGAGCCAAUGCCAGAGAAAAUUGACUGGGAGCCAUCAAAGAAAAGAAAAGAAAGUGUGCCAAUGCAUUUAGAAAAACCGUUAGUUGCUGAAGAAUCAGUUACAGAAGAAGUUACAGAGGAAAAAGUCACUUUCAAAAGAAAACCUAAGAAAGAACCUGAAGAACCUACUGAUGAAGUUCUUCUGAAAAAACCUCAGAAAAAAGAAACAGUUGUUGAAGAAGUUACAGAAGAAGUGACACUCGUUAAAAAACCAGUUGAAAAACAAGUUACUGAAGAAGUCGCUGAAGAAGUUGUUAUUAAAAAACCCGUUCCGGAAGAAAUUGAAAAAGUGAUAGAAGAAGUUACUGAAGAUGUAACAAUAACUAAGAAAUUGAAACCAAAACCGAAACCAAAAAUAGAAGAAGCUUCAGAUGAGAUUGUUAUUAAAAAACCGGUUCCUGAAGAAGUAGAAAAGGUUGUUGAAGAAGUAACAGAGGAAGUAACACUCAAAAAGAAACCGAAGAAAAAGCCAACCGUUGAAGAAGCUCCUGCAGAAAUCACGAUUAAAAAACCUGCACAAAAAGAAGAGGAAAAACCAGUGGAAGAAGUCAGUGAAGAAAUUACUAUUCCAAAGAAACCAAAAGAAAAAUCGGAAGAAGGAGCUGACGAAAUAACUAUCAAAAAACCUGUUCCCGAAGAAGUUGAGAAAGUUGUAGAAGAAGUUACAGAGGAGGUUACUAUCAAAAAGAAAAAGAAGAAGAAGCCAACUAAGAAAGCAGAUUGGGAGGAAUGGGUUGAACCUGAAUAUGAACGACCGGUGUUGGAACCAAUGCCAGAGAAAAUUGACUGGGAGCCAUCAAAAAAAAGAAAAGAAAGUGUACCAAUGCAUUUAGAAAAACCAUCAGUUGCUGAAGAAUCAGUUACAGAAGAAGUUAUUGAGGAACAAGUCACUUUCAAAAGAAAACCAAAGAAAGAACCUGAAGAAGCAGCUGAUGAGACGGUUGUUAUAAAACCACAAAAGAAAGAAAAAAUCGAUAUUACUGAAGAAGUAACGGAAGAAGUAACGUUGAAAAAGAUACCAAAGAAGCCAACUGUUGAAGAAGCUGCUGAUGAAGUGGUAAUCAAGAAACCUAUUGUUGAAGUAACAGAAGAAGUCGAGGAUGUAACUGAAGAAGUCACUUUGAAGAAGAAGCCUAAGAAAAAGCCAGUAACUGAAGAAUCUGCAGACGAAGUCACUAUCAAGAAACCGGUUGUUGAGAAGCCGGAAGAACAGCCAGAAGAAGUUACUCAAGAAGUGACGUUGAAAAAGAAACCCAAGAAAAAGCCAGUAGCUGAAGAAGCUGCCGAUGAAGUGACGAUCAAAAAGCCGGUUGUUGAAAAACCAGAAGAACAACCCGAAGAGGUCACCGAAGAAGUAACUUUAAAGAAAAAGCCAAAAAAGAAACCAGUAACUGAAGAAGCUGCUGAUGAAGUCACGAUCAAAAAGCCGGUCGUUGAAAAACCAGAAGAACAGCCCGAAGAGGUUACUGAAGAAGUUACUUUAAAGAAGAAACCAAAGAAGAAACCAGUAACUGAAGAAGCUGCUGAUGAAGUCACGAUCAAAAAACCGGUUGUUGAGAAGCCAGAAGAACAACCGGAAGAAGUUACUGAAGAAAUCACAUUGAAGAAAAAACCAAAGAAGAAGCCAGUAACUGAAGAAGCUGCUGACGAAGUUACAAUAAAAAAACCAGUAGUUCAGCCUGAGGAACAAUCGGAAGAUGUUACUGAAGAAGUAACUCUGAAGAAAAAACCGAAAAAGAAAGAACCAGUUGUUGAGGAUGUUGAAGAUACUGAGGUCACAAUAACGAAAAAACCAAAAGCUAAAGCACAAGUGACAGACACAGAAGAAGUAUCGACAGAAAUAAAACUGAAGAAAAAAGUUGUGAAAGAAACUGUCGACGAAGCUGCUGACGAACUUGUUAUCAAGAAAACCGAAGAGGUCAUUGAAGAAGGUCCUGAAGAAGUAGUUGAAGAAUUAGUAGAAGAAUUCACAAUAAAACGUAAGCCACCGAAGAAAGCUCCUAAAUUGAUAGAGGAAAUAUGCGAAGAUGUUACACUUCGUAAGCUACGGCCAAAGAAAAAGCGCCCAGACAUAAAAGAAGUCACCGAAACAGAAAAUGUUACCUUCAGACCGCGAUCUACAAAGACAAAAGAAGACGUUGAACAAGAAUUCAAAAUUUCCCUUAAUACUUAUGAGGAAGAAGAUAUUUCAAUGUCCGGUAAAGUUCGUCUCAAGCCUAAGAAACGUGCUCCAACGUACCACGAAGAAGGGGGAGAAGAAACAAUUCGUAUUAUUCAAGGUCCGGAAGACGAUGGCCAACCAAUCGUCGAAGAAAUAAUUUAUGACUCUGAAGAAGAAUACAGUAUUAGCGAAUUGGAAACAGAUCAAUACAAUCUACCCCUUAAAAAGAAAAAGAAACCUCGUCCAUAUUCUGUCGAGCAAAUAGACGAAGACGACGUUAGAGUGAAAUUGAAGAAAGAAAGAAAGUAUUCCGUAGAAGAAACCGAUGAAUCAUUAGCACUGAAAUUGAAGUCGAAGCGACGUACAUCGACAUAUGAAGAAGAAGAAGCAAGUCUCAGUAUCACUCGAGAAGGUGACAUCUAUGAAGAAGAUGAAGGAGAUUACAGUGUCCAUGAUGGCGCUACAAUGUUCUCCAUUUGCUCUUAUGUAGCCGAAACUGAUGAAGCCAUUAACCUGGUUGAAGGAGAAAGAGUCUACGUUAUUGAGCAUACUAAUUCUGACUGGUGGUUUGUCAAGAAACAUUUAGCACAAGAAAAAGGAUGGGUACCAGCUCAAUACCUUCUUGAUGAAGAGCAUUACACUAUCUAUUUGCAAAAGAAACUUCAUGAGAAGAUUGACAAACUUCCUGUCUUCGAAAAACCUGGACCGGGUGAAGAGUCGUCAGCACCACGUUUCAUUAAAAAACUACAACCAAUCCAUACACCAGAUGGUUACACAGUCCAAUUUGAGUGUCAAGUAGAAGGUCUGCCAAGACCGCAGAUCACUUGGUUCAGACAAACAGCUAUAAUAAAACCAUCCCCAGAUUUCCAAAUUUACUAUGACGAAGACAACGUGGCAACUCUGAUCAUCAGAGAAGUCUUCCCAGAAGACGCUGGAAUGUUUACAUGUGUAGCUAAAAAUGCCGCUGGUUUUUCAUCGAGUACAACAGAACUCACGGUCGAAGCUCCACUUUCUGAUCACGGCUCUGACAUGACAGGACACUCACGCAAGAGUUUAUCUCGCGAGUCUUCGCUUGCGGACAUUCUUGAAGGAAUCCCACCAACGUUCUCACGCAAGCCUAAAGCUAAAUGCGUCGACGAGAAGACUGAUGUCAUCCUGGAGUGUCGAUUGGUGGCAGUACCCGAGCCUGAGAUCACUUGGUACUACGAGGACACCAAGAUAACCAGCAAAGAGAACGUCGUGGUUGCUACUGAGAGUGAUAUGCACAUGUACUGUAGCGUUAUGAAAAUAAAAAAGGUAACAAAGAAGCAGGAAGGACGGUAUAAAGUAGUUGCAAAGAAUCGAGAAGGUGAAGCGUCCAUUGAGAUUCCACUGAAGGUGAAGACUGGCGCCCAAGAACCACCAGAAAUUUUGGAACCUCUGAAGCCAUUCGUCGUUCGUGAAGGAGAAACAGUAGUUCUGUCCACACAGAUCGUUGGUACACCGACUCCGAAGAUCACAUGGUUGAAGGACGGCAAGCCACUGAAAGGAUUAACUCCAACCAAAGACGGUGACGUGAACACCUUGACGAUUAUACAGCCAAAACUGUCCGACAAAGGGGAAUACUCUUGCGUCGCCACCAAUGAUCUUGGUACUGCGGAAACCAAAGCUACACUUACUGUCGAAGAAACACCCAGUGGUGCACCAGAACCACCACUCUUCACACAAAGAUUUGAAGAACUCACCGUCCCUGAGAAGGGUACGUUCAAACUAGUGGCUAAAGUCACAGGCAAUCCUGUACCAGAAGUUAAAUGGCUUAGAAAUAAUAAGCCAUUAGGAAAAUCUCCCAAUAUAAAAGAAACUUACGAUGGUGAGAAUAUUAUCUUGGAGAUUAAGAAUGCAGACUCUGAAGUUGACUCUGGAGAUUACAAAUGCACUGCAAGCAACCCCGUUGGAAAGGCAUCACACGGUGCUAAAGUAACUGUGGAUGUUCCUAGAGUAACGUUCACCAAAAAACUUCCGAAAAAAUUAUCUGUCGACGAGUACAGAAUACUUGAGCUCACUUGCGAGACAUCACACACGAUGUCUACGACUUGGUGGCAUAAUGACAAAGAAAUCAGUGGUAUGGAUCACCGUGAAGUCAUCGAAGAAGGCCGUAUUCACAAGCUGGUCAUCAAGAAGACCAGUAUCACCGAUGAAGGCACUUACAAGUGUACCGUAAAGAAUCAGAGCACUUCUUGCAAUGUCGAAGUCAAACCCACCAAACCGGAAUUCGUAAAGAAGCUUCAAGAUUUCGAGGUAAUUGAAAAAGAAGUCGCGAUUCUUGAAGUUGAAGUUACAUCGCAGACUGCCGAUGUUAUUUGGAAGAAAGAUGGCGAACCUUUGAAACCUCGUGACGAAAAGAUUGAGUUUGUUAAAGAUGGCUCAGUUAGAAAAUUACUUAUAAGAAGUACUUCUGUGCAUGAUGAAGGAGAGUACAGCUGUACUCUUUUGGACGAAGAAUGCACUGCUGAAGUUACUGUUGUUGAAUUGCCACCUGAGAUAAUAACGAAGAUGAAGGAUGUAAGAAUAGCACGAGGUGACAAAGCCAAGUUUAAUAUCGAGUUGACUAAAGGUGACGCUCUAGUGCGUUGGUUCAAAGACGGUCAAGAGCUUCAAUUCUCUGAACACAUUAGCUUGUCAAUUGACGGCAAGCGUCAAAAGUUGAAGAUCUACGAAGCAACUUCUGAAGAUGCUGGAGUUUAUUCGUGUCAAGUCGGAGAGCAGACAUCGGCGGCAAGACUUAUCGUGGAGGAACCAGAGAUUGAUUUUAUUCGCAGACUACCAGAUGUUACUCUAGUUCCGCUGGAUGAGGACGCGCUCUUUACCAUUGAAUUAUCUAAGCCUGAUGUGCCUGUUCAGUGGUUCAAAAAGGGCGUGCCUAUUAAAGACUCUAAGAAGUACACGAUAAUUGAUGAAGGAACAGUCAAAAAAUUGAUCGUCAGUGACUGUGGUGUAGAUGACGCUGUGGAGUACAGUGCGGUCGUUUUGAACACUAAAACAUCAUCGAGAUUAAAGGUGGAAGUUGUUGAAGCUCCGCCGAAGAUCUCAAUUGAAUCACCGAAGAAAUACAGGGUGAAGAAAGGUCACGAUGUUGACAUGACUGUAAGAUUUUCUGCCGCUCCUAAACCUACUGACGAGUGGACCGUUGACGGCCGGGUUAUCGUUAAGUCCAAGAGGGUUAUCAAGACCUGUGAUGAAGAAUCUGCCACUCUGACUAUCAAGAAAGUCGAAGAAAAAGAUGUGGGUAAUUACACACUGAAGUUGGUUAACACACACGGUGAAGCAAGUACAGAAAUAAGGCUCAUCAUUGGACGAGAACCUGGCAAACCUGAAGGACCUAUGAUUGUUAAUAACAUCAGACAUGACAGCGUGACUAUCGAGUGGAAACCUCCGAAAGAUGACGGUGGUUAUGACAUCACGGAAUACAUAAUUGAAAAGUGUGAAAAGAGCAGGAAAACUUGGACGAGAAUAACCGAAGUAACGGAAGAAACUUUGAGUUAUGAGAUUGAGAAUCUUAAGCAGGAUAUUGAGUAUAUAUUCAGAGUGAUUGCUAGAAAUGAAGUCGGACCAUCAGAACCUUUGGAAUCAGAACCUGUGACUGUUAAAUCAACAUUCGACAAACCUGGAGCACCUCAAGGGCCGCUUGAAGUAUCAGGAAUGACCAAGACAUCGUUCACUAUCAAGUGGCAGCCGCCAGAAAAUGACGGGGGCAGUCCUAUCAUUGAGUACCAUGUCGAAAUUAAAGAAGCUACCAAGAAAAGUUGGACUAAAGUCGGUACCACCAAAGAAGACACCACAUACAUCAGUGUGUCAGACUUGAAGACAGAUGUAGCUUAUGAAUUCAGGAUAACGGCCACUAAUGCAAUUGGUACCGGUCCUCCGUACUUGUCAGAAGAACCCAUCGUACCAGGAAAACGAAUCAUACCAAAAAUAUUUACUGAAGAAUCGCUUUAUGCUCUACUUGGAAUUUUUCCACCAACUAAAAAAGUCGCUAGUAAAUCACCACCAUCAUGUCCACUCAAUUUCCAUGUCGAAAAUAUAACCAGUAAAAGUGUCACUCUCAAUUGGUCGCCACCAGCAAGUACUGGAGGCUCAGAACUGACUGGAUAUGUUAUUGAAAAAAGACCGUUGAUUGGUAAAGGAUCUAAAUGGAUAAAAGUAGUAACACUGGACGCAACAACCCAUCAGUAUUGCGUUGAAAAUCUCAAAGAAAGCGAAUUCCUGUUCAGGAUAUUUGCUGAAAAUAGUAUAGGACUCAGUACACCAGCUAUUUCUGAGCCUGUCACGCUUAAGACUCAUGCGAACGUUCCAUCACCACCGACUGCGCCACUAGAAAUUCGUCAAAUCGCGGCAAAUACUGUAGUAAUAGAAUGGGGACGACCUGAAUCUGAUGGCGGCUCACCAUUAGAAGGCUACAAAAUUGCUAUAAGAGAUACAAAGAAAACAAUGUGGAUAGAAGUGGGUCGUGUUAAUGCAGACAUUCAAAAAUUGAACGUACGUGAUCUACAAGAGGGCCAUGAAUAUCUAAUGAGAAUUUAUGCGAGAAAUGAAGUAGGAUUCAGUGAACCGCUUGAGUCUGAUGAACCAGUUAAAAUAGUUCCUGCUUCCGAAUUAGCGGUAAUAGAACCAAUCGCCGAGGCAACAGAACGAGGGGAAACAGCCUCAGUAAGUUAUAGCACCGAAAAUACAAGCUCUUGGCUGAGAGAUCACAAUAUGGAUGCAGACAUAAGUUCAUAUGCACGCGCCCGGCUUCUUAGAAAGGAUGAAUAUUUCUUCCGAAUAUGGCACUAUGCCAAAAAACUUUUUAAAUAAGCAUUUUUUAAACUUCUGAUGUAUCGUUUUUAAUUUAUCGUCGGCCUAAACAAUUUUAACAGCGGAGCUGAUACUAAAAUUAUUUUAGUUUACGGAUGCGAAUUGAUAAGCUAUCGAUUAUUGGUAACUUGUGUAGUUACAAUGUACAUAAGGUAUAAAGAAAGUUAUGAUAAAUAUAAUAAUAAUCAAAGGACGAGUGUAAAAUCUAGUCAAACAGUUUAAAUAUUUGUUAAUAUGUCGAUGGUGGGAAUACUUCUAUGGACAAUUAACGUACACGAUAAGAUCCUCUUUAUUUAUGAAAUUUAAAUUUAUCGCUCAUUUAUUAUUUAUGUAUUAAAGCUCAUUAAUUAUUAUCAAUAUUAUUUAUUCCUUUAUCAUUUAACGUUAUCACAUUUUUUGUAAUUUGUUCAUAGCCGAAGGAUAAAAAAAAUCUUCAUGGCAUUGUCGAAUAAUGUGAUAAUCUAUAAUACUUGACGUGUCAUUAAGACAAUUAUAUUAAUAUUACUAUUAUGAUUUUGAAUAUAUUUCUGGAAAAAAAUAUUAUUACAGUCGAACUCCAUUAACUCGGAGAUUUAGUCGACGGAGGAGCGGAAAUUUCUUGGAAUUUCCGAGUUAACGGAUGCCCCUUCUCCCGUAAAAAGUAAACUUUGACGCAUGCGCUCUUACAUGAAUGAUGCAUGUAUAAAUAUACACACUCAUACAAAUAUAUAGCAUCUGGUAGGAGAGCGUAGCUCGUAGUGGGGGUCAAGAUUCAAGGGAAGUUCCGAGAUAAUGGAGUUCGACUGUAUGUGGAAAUAAUAUAAAUAUUCCUAUUGAAUGAAAGAAUAAGAAAACGGCAACGUACGUCGAAAUACUUUCACCACUUGAGUUUGAGAGGAUUAAUUUUAAGUAUUUAUUGUUAAUGUAUUUAAUUAUUACUAUCGUUAUUAUAAUUAUGUAAAAUUACUAUAAAUUAAUGAAAUAAUGUAAACUAUUGUACAACGGCGAUAAGUCAAAUGACAUUUAUAAGUGUAACUCAAGAAUUUAAAGUUAUGAAUAAUGAAUGAAAUAAGUAAUAAAAAAGGUGACCGGUGAUUAUGCCACGUGAUGUUGGUACCCCGAGACGUAAAUAUAGGUGCGAAAUACCAUCAUUGCAUUCACCAAUGUCAUGUCGCAUGCUCCGAGAGCCUUUUUUAUGAGAUUUGUGAAUAAUAAACGAUUGUAAAAAAUA